AUGGCUUCCGAUGACCACAAGGAGACAGAGAAUGAACUGUCAGAACCCCUUCAAGCGGAUGAUGAGUUAUUGAGUCAGGAUGAGGUCCCUGCUGGCAUUAACUUCAAAUCCCAAAGUUUACCUGCUCUGAAUGACUCAGGCCAGCAAAGCAAGUCCUUGUUGGCCAAGUCUAUGCAGCAGCAGGUGUCAAUAAUGGAGGAAAAGAGCGCUGAAUUCAUCCAACUCCCACAGAGGAUCAACCUGAACCAACCUCUACCUGAAUCCUCCUCCAGGACUAAUGUUAACUAUUCCCCUUCCAGUUCUAGUGUGGUGGGGAUGAGUAGUUCAUUUAACACAGAGACGCAGGUCAGCAAACCCAGGAGUAAAAACCCAACGAGACAAGGCUUCCUCGCCUCGAGGUUACCCCUGAUGCGUUUACCCACUAGGAAAUACAUUAGUGCAAUUCUCGAAGACUCUCGCUGUUUUUUAUUCUGCAUGUGCUACCUGACAUUCAUUCAGUCACUGAUGGUGUCUGGCUACCUUAGCAGUGUCAUCACCACCAUAGAGAAGAGGUACAGCCUCCGGAGCUCUGAGUCCGGCCUGCUCGUCAGCUGCUUUGACAUAGGUAGUCUGUUGGUGGUGGUCUUCAUCAGUUACUUCGGAGGGCGAGGGCAGAGGCCCAGAUGGUUGGCCGUGGGUGCGGUGUUCAUAGCCGUCGGAGCAGCCCUCUUCUCCUUGCCUCACUUCAUCUCCCCUCCGUACCAAAUCCUGGAGGUGAAUUCGUCCCGGGGCAACGAGGGCCUGUGUAUGAACAACAACGGCAGUGGCAAGGACUUCCUGGAUGUGUCCUGCCCCAGAGACCAGGAGGGUAAUGAACACAACCUGUAUGUGGCCCUGUUCAUCAUUGCACAGAUCCUGGUGGGCAUGGGGUCGACGCCCAUCUACACCCUGGGACCCACCUACCUGGAUGACAACGUCAAGAAGGAGAAUGCCUCUCUUUAUCUAGGUAAGACGUGUGUGUGAGAUGGGGUGUGAAAGGUCCGAAGACUACACAGCGCACCUGUAAUAAACUAGGAGAUAAAGGAGGGGCAACUCAGCUUGCCACCUCUGUGCCAAAGAUUUACUGAUUAGGCCUAUUGUUUGGUUUCAGAUGGAAUUUUUCCAACUGCCUUUCCACCUGCCUCUGCCUAUACACAAGGCCUUACAAUACAUUAUGAAAUUGGCUACUUAAACUUUGACUUCAGUUAUUCAAUCAAUCCUUGUCCCUUUUAACUGUCAUCCUAGAUAUUUUCUCUCCAGUGGUCUGAAACAACGUAAACCUAAUUAAGGCCUAAACACUGAAAAUAAAGAAUAGUUAUGAAACAGGCUUGUAUUCUGUGGUGGCCAAUGUGGCUGCCUGGUGCCUGCCUCCGGUACACUCAGAGAAAAAAAUCUCCACAAAAGAAUUAGCUCCCAAAUGUCACCCUAUUCCCUAUGUAGUGCACUACUUUUGACUAGAGCCCUCUAAAGAAUGCCUUUGACACAGCCCAGAAUCAGUCCCCUUUCUUCUCCUAGACCCAGUCUCUAAUGGUGUUCUUGUGGAAGGCCAGUUCACAAAGGACUGAGCGGCUUUGAUCAUGCGGUCACUUGGUGCCAGUAGUACAAUGGCUGGAUACACACUGGCCAAGAUGUGACAGAACUUGGCCCAUCAGUACCUGUCAGGCUAGCUGGAAGAACACGAGGGCUGUGAAGGCAGACAGACUCUGGUCAAAAGUAGUGCACUAUAUAGGGAAUAAGGUGCCAUUUGGGACGCAGCUUAGAGUGGACAACACUAAUGGUCCUUGACAGAUCUCUGGUCAGUCUGAUAGAGCCACAGACAGACAGUUACUCUGAGGACAGGACAUGACUGUUAGGUAAUGGAGCAACGGUUUAUUAAUUGUAUGUUGUUCAUGGAGUUCCAGUAAGAGUGAUUUAUAGGCUUUGGAAAUGAGAGAAGGAACCUAUAGUUAUUCCAAAAAAGGCUCAAUAACCAUAAUGUUCUUUUCCAUAUUAAGAGGGUUCUUACAGUAGCCUUUAAUCUGAGAUUAUAAACACAGUAGUAUGUAUAAUCUCAAAACAGUGUGAUAUUUUGUUGCUACUAGGUUUAUUAGGUCAGGUUGUCAUGAGGAGUGUGCCCAUGAUUGACCAACACAAUACAACAUAAUUAUACUCUUGGACUGCACUCCUAAAUAAGAACAAGGGCUUGACUGACAUCAUCCUAAAAUAAGUUUUUUUUUUUUCAGAGCAUUUUGUUAUUUAAAGAGGCACAAGUUGAAACAGACCAACAUUGACAGAGAAGAGGUUGUGGACCAAGUGAUGAAUACUGGAAAAAUGGGUCUGUGUUACGGUUGCACUGAAUAAAAGAUUAUGCCUCUCAGCAUUGUUAAUAGAUUCAUGGCAAUUCAAAUAGGCAUAAUACAGUAUUCUUUUGUAAGCUCGUAAGAACUUGUUCUAUGUCCCUUAUACAUGGUAGUGGGUUCGAUCUCCGGGACCACCCAUACACAAAAAAAAUGUAUGCACGCAUGUCUGUAAGUCGCUUUGGAUAAAAGCGUCUGCUAAAUGGCAUAAAAAAAAUAAAAAAAUAAUACAGUGCCUUCGGAAAGUAUUCAGACCCCUUGACUUUUUCCACAUUUUGUUAAGUUACAGCCUUAUUCUAAAAUGGAUGAAAUAUUUUUUUUCUUCUCAUUAAUCUACACACAAUACCCCAUAAUGACAAAUCGAGAACAGGUUUUUAAAAAUGUUUGCAAAUGUAUUACAAAUAAAAGGUGCAUCCUGUUUCCAUUGAUCAGCCUUGAGAUGUUUCUACAACUUGAUUGGAGUACACCUGUGGUAAAUUCAAUUGAUUGGACAUGAUUUGGAAAGGCACACACCUGUCUAUACAGUGGGGAUAAAAAGUAUUUAGUCAGCCACCAAUUGUGCAAGUUCUCCCACUUAAAAAGAUGAGAGAGGCCUGUCAUUUUCAUCAUAGGUACACGUCAACUAUGACAGACAAAAUGAGAAAAAAAUAUCCAAAAAAUCACAUUGUAGGAUUGGUAUUUUGGCCCAUUCCUCCAUGCAGAUCUCCUCUAGAGCAGUGAUGUUUUGGGGCUGUCUCUGGGCAACACAGACUUUCAACUCCCUCCAAAGAUUUUCUAUGGGGUUGAGAUCUGGAGACUGGCUAGGCCACUCCAGGACCUUGAAAUGCUUCUUACGAAGCCACUCCUUCAUUGCCCGGGCGGUGUGUUUGGGAUCAUUGUCAUGCUGAAAGACCCAGCCACGUUUCAUCUUCAAUGCCCUUGCUGAUGGAAGGAGGUUUUCACUCAAAAUCUCACGAUACAUGGCCCCAUUCAUUCUUUCCUUUACACGGAUCAGUCGUCCUGGUCCCUUUGCAGAAAAACAGCCCCAAAGCAUGAUGUUUCCACCCCCAUGCUUCACAGUAGGUAUGGUGUUCUUUGGAUGGAACUCAGCAUUCUUUGUCCUCCAAACACGACGAGUUGAGUUUUUACCAAAAAGUUCUAUUUUGGUUUCAUCUGACCAUAUGACAUUCUCCCAAUCCUCUUCUGUAAGCAGGGGGACACGUCUGGCACUGCAGGAUUUGAGUCCCUGGCGGCGUAGUGUGUUACUGAUGGUAGGCUUUGUUACUUUGGUCCCAGCUCUCUGCAGGUCAUUCACUAGGUCCCCCCGUGUGGUACUGGGAUUUUUGCUCACCGUUCUUGUGAUCAUUUUGACCCCACAGGGUGAGAUCUUGCGUGGAGCCCCAGAUCGAGGGAGAUUAUCAGUGGUCUUGUAUGUCUUCCAUUUCCUAAUAAUUGCUCCCACAGUUGAUUUCUUCAAACCAAGCUGCUUACCUAUUGCAGAUUCAGUCUUCCCAGCCUGGUGCAGGUCUACAAUUUUGUUUCUGGUGUCCUUUGACAGCUUUUUGGUCUUGGCCAUAGUGGAGUUUGGAGUGUGACUGUUUGAGGUUGUGGACAGGUGUCUUUUAUACUGAUAACAAGUUCAAACAGGUGCCAUUAAUACAGGUAACGAGUGGAGGACAGAGGAGCCUCUUAAAGAAGAAGUUACAGGUCUGUGAGAGCCAGAACUCUUGCUUGUUUGUAGGUGACCAAAUACUUAUUUUCCACCAUAAUUUGCAAAUAAAUUCAUUAAAAAUCCUACAAUGUGAUUUUCUGGAUUUCUUUUUCUCAAUUUGUCUGUCAUAGUUGACGUGUACCUAUGAUGAAAAUUACAGGCCUCUCUCAUCUUUUUAAGUGGGAGAACUUGCACAAUUGGUGGCUGACUAAAUACUUUUUUCCCUCACUGUAUAAGGACCCACAGUUGACAGUGCAUGUCAGAGCAAAAACCAAGCCAUGAGGUCGAAGGAAAUGUCCGUAGAGCUCCGAGACAGGAUUGUGUCGAGGUACAGAUCUGGGGAAGGGUACCAAAACAUUUCUGCAGCAUUGAAGGUCCCCAAGAACACAGUGGCCUCCAUCGUAUUAUUAAAUGGAAGAAGUUUGGAACCACCAAGACUCUUCCUAGAGCUGGCCAACCUGCCAAACUGAGCAAUCAGGGGAGAAGGGCCUUGGUCAGGGAGGUGACCAAGAACCCGAUGGUCACUGACAGAGCUCCAGAGUUCCUCUGUGGAGAUGGGAGAACCUUCCAGAAGGACAACCAUCUCUGCAACACUCCACCAAUCAGGCCUUUUAUGGUAGAGUGGCCAGACGCAAGCCACUCCUCAGUAAAAGGCACAUGACAGCCCCCUUGGAGUUUGCCAAAAGGCACCUAAAGGACUCUGACCUUGAGAAACCAGACUCUCUGGUCUGAUGAAACCAAGAUGGAACUCUUUGGCAUGAAUGCCAAUCGUCACAUCUGGAGGAAACCUGGCAAAUCAAAUCAAACAAAUUUUAUUUGCCACAUGCGCCGACUACAACAGGUGUAGAAAUGCUUACUUACAAGCCCUUAAUCAACAAUGCAGUUUUAAGAAAAAUAAGUGUUAAGUAAAAAAUAGAUUAAAGAGCAGCAGUAAAAUACAAUAAUAGUAGGGAGGCUAAUACACGGGGGUACAGAGUCAAUGUGCGGGGCACAGGUUAGUCGAGGUAAUUGAGGUAAUAUGUACAUGUGGGUAGAGUUAAAGUGCCUAUGCAUAGAUCAUAAACAGAGAGUAGCAGCAGCGUAAAAGAGGGGGUGGGGUGGGGGGGGAUAAUGCAAAUAUUCUGGGUAGCCAUGAUUAGCUUUUCAUGAGUCUUAUGGCUUGGGGGUAGAAGCUUCCUCUGCUCUGACACCGUCUGGUAUAGCGGUCCUGGAUGGCAGGAAGCUUGGCCCCAGCGAUGUACUGGGCCGUACGCACUAACCUCUGUAGUGCCUUGCGGUCAGAGGCCGAGCAGUUGCCAUACCAGGCAGUGAUGCAGCCAGUCAGGAUGCGCUCGAUGGUACAGCUGUAGAACAUUUUGAGGAUAUGAGGACCCAUGCCAAAUCUUUUCAGUCUCCUGAGAGUGCCCUCUUCACGACUGUCUUGGUGUGUUUGGACCAUGAUAGUUUGUUGGUGAUGUGGACACCAAGGAACUUGAAGCUCUCAACCUGCUCCACUACAGCCCCGUCGAUGAAGCAUGGUGGUGGCAGCAUCAUGCUGUGGGAUGUUUUUCAGCGGCAGAGACUGGGAGACUAGUCAGGAUCGAGGGAAAGAUGAAAGGAGCAAAGUACAGAGAGAUCCUUGAUGAAAACCUGCUCCAGAGCACUCAGGACCUCAGACUGGGGUGAAGGUUCACCUUCCAACAGGACAACGACCCUAAGCACACAGCCAAGACAACGCAGGAAUGGCUUCGGUAGUAGUCUCUGAAUGUCCUUGAGUGGCCCAGCCAGAGCCCGGACAUGAACCCGAUCGAACAUCUGUGAAGAGACCUGAAAAUAGCUGUGCAUUGACGCUCCCCAUCCAACCUGACAGAGCUUGAGAGGAUCUGCAGAGAAGAAUGGGAGAAACUCCCCAAAUACAUGUGUGCCAAGCUUUUUAAGUCAAACCCAAGAAGAAUCAAGGCUGUAAGUAUCCAAAAGAAUUCUGGGCUCGAGUCUAACAUUUUCUCCUGGUUGCACCGGUACCACUAACUCUUUCAGUUGGUGGCACCAGCCCAUGAUUUGGUGGCACCCCAAUUUUUUUCCCGCACAAUCGAAUACAUUUCAGUCAUCAUCUUCUAAAGUUAUUCACAAUUCAACAUUGGCUAUGCUGUCAAUGAAGCAUGAUUUUUGCAACGCUCAAAACAACUGUUAACUCAGUACUGCGAAAACUUGACUUCAAUGAGUUCAAGACAACUGGGAAGUCGGGGAAAAAACGAGCUCUGACUAGGAAAAUACGUUUUGAAGGGUCAUCCAACUCGGAAUUGUAAAUCCGGAACUCAAGCCUCUUUCUAGAGCUACGACCUGAAGAUCAAUGACGUCAUCAUGAUUCGACCUUGUUUUUUUCAGAGUUCCCAGUUGUCUUGAAAGCACAAUAAAUCCAGAGAAUGCCAGACUUUGAUGACAAAAUUUGCCCACUAAGGAUCACUGCGCCACCUUCCUGUUCAAGUGAGCACAGCACAACAAGGUGAGUCCCCAAAUGUAUUGUAUGCUGCUGCAUAAAUGAUGUAAUAUGCCAGGGAGAUAUGUAUACUGUAGCUAAGAAAGUAAUACUAAGUGUAUGUUGUGUAGUAAGCUGUUAGUAGCCCAUGUGCCUCACCCUAAUCAUUUGGUCUAUUUACCCCUCAUAAUUUCGCCUACUGUUCUGACUUGGUGGUGCACAUGUAGCCUAUAACCUGUUUUAGAGAAAUGUAAUCAUCGAGUAAUGUAAGAGUUUUCAUUGUCUGCUUAUAUGCCCCCUUUAUUUAUCCUACGGUUCUGACUUGGUGUACAGGGAGAACAUUGUAAGAACAGCCCAUGUUCUGAAUUCUGUCGCUGUACAUUUCAAAAGUGCUAAACAAAUAGUUAUAUUGACUACGUCCGUCCUAGCUCGCUCAUUAAUGUCUUAAUGGUUGAAUUAACUGUUUCGCUGCCAGACAAGGCCCCGUUGAUAGCCAGGUGUAGCAGUGGUCAAAUGUUGGGACAGCUUUAUGUUGGCCCUAACAGUUUGUGGGCACCGUUUGUCACCGUUCUAGUGCAAUUAAUGUAUUGUUUAGUGUUGUGUUGUGGCUUUGCUGGCAUGCAUCCCACUUGUUUUUUUAAUUUUUUUGCCCCACCAAGAUUUACAUGCCAAAAUCGCCACUGAACCUAAUACAGUGAUUGUCAUGAAUUUGGGGUUGACAAUUAGGCUAUUUUUGUUAUAUUUUACAGACAAAAUAGGGCUCCAGAAUGUUCACAUUUUUUUUGUUCAAUAAAGAUUAAUUUGCCUUAAUCUUUACGUGCACAAAUAUUAUAUAGGCCUAUAGCUAAAUAUAAAACUUUUCAGUGAGGCCUAGUGCAAUUGCGAUGGCCGAUGCGCAAUUUCACGCACUCUCCGAAACAGGCAGGCAGGGCAGACUAUUUUAUUACAGGAAUCAUGAGGAUAAUGCACUUUACUGUUGAACAAAUUCCCUUUAUCCGGACCCCAAAAAUAGGACGUUUUGGUUGAGGUGACCAGGUAGAAUGUGCAGCUCGCACCAGUGCGACCAAUUAAAUGUUUUACUCGCACAGCCAAGUUAAAGGGUCGCAAAAUGCGACUAAUGGUCGCAGUCUGGAGCCCUGCCUAUACUCUACUUGUCUACACUCUACUGUCAUAUCCAAACUUGUGAAACAUAAACGUCUAUGAUUGGUACAGAUUUGAUGUUGUCUGGACCAAACAAAUUUGGUCUUGUUUGUUGGGGGGAGCUCAUUAGAAUAGUAGCCAAUGUGUAGAAAAGUGUUGGCCAAGAUGGCGUAGCAGUGCGGUCAUGUUCUCUGUUGUGUGUCUGUGUAAAUAGCCUGUUUUUGCUAUUUAUUUUACGUAUAUAUUUCCCUAUCACACUUUUCAUCCUUCUACUAAAUAUACUUUUCUGCAACCCGCCUCACUCAAUGUGGAACAGAUUCUAUUAUUUACUCACCUUUUAUCUAGAAUCUCCAGUUGAAACUAGCUAACCAGCUAACUAGCUAACGAGCUACUUGCUAUUAGCCACCGUUAGCGGUUUUCACCCAGAACAUCGGAUUUUCUGCCGGAAUAACUGAAUCACUGGACCUUAACACCGGAUUGCAACUAGCUAGCCACAACCAAAUGGAUGUUGCUGUAGGCUAAUCACCACUGCCCCCGAAUCAAGCACCAGUUAGCCUUGAGCUAGCCUCGAGCCAGGCCCAUAUCCCGGCUAUCUACCUCUUUGUCUACCGGACGGGAGUAGCCAGCUAACUAGCUACUUGCUAUUAGCCACCGUUAGCGGUUUUUCACCAUUGUCCGUGGCCUGCACUACCUACCAGCCAGCUCUAGCCUGGACUAUUAUCAGCCAGUCUGCACAGCGCGUUAUCGACCCAGAACAUAUCUGAUUUUCUGCCGGAAUCACUGAAUCACUGGACCUUUAACACUGGAUCAUCGCAACUAGCUAGCUGCAACCAAAUGGAUGUUGUUGUUGGCUAAUCAGCCUUGAGCUAGCCUCGAGUCAGACACAUCUCCCGGCUAUCUACCUCUCUGUCAACCGGACGGGACCUCCUAGAGUCGACACGGAGCCCCGCCAUCCAUCAUGACUGGUCUGCCGACGUAAUCGUCUAUGGUUUCAACAGGCUUCCCGUUGCGACGACCACGAAGAUCCAUCUGCUAGCCCCGCUGUAGCACCAAUUCGAACUGCUCUCGGACUCACAUUGCUGUUCACUGGACCUUAUGAUCACUCAGCUGCACAGCUGAUGCCUGCGCUGGACUGUUCCUUUACACAGUACCCUGUCCUGUUUAUCUGUUUAGCCUCAGCCAAAACUUUAAUCGCCAUUACCAGUUGUUGUCUUAGCUCUCUCUAAUAACACCUGUGAUUGCUUUAUGCCUCUCUCCUAUGUCAAUAUGCCUUGCCUAUUGCUGUUCCAGUUAGUUCUUAUUAUACAAUUUCACUGUAGAACCCCAAGUCCCUCUCAAACUGCCUCAAAUAGCUCCUUUGUUCCACCCCCCAUACACGCCAAGAGCGGCUCAAUCGGUGCCUCCAGUGAUGCUAUCUCUUUCAUUGUUACCCAACUCUUAGGUUUACCUCCACUGUACUCAUACCCUUCCAUAUCCUUGUCUGUACGUAAUGCCCUGAAUCUAUUCUACAACGCCCGGAAAUCUGCCCCCUUUAUUCUCUGUACCCAACGCACUAGAAGACCAGUUCUUAAAGCCUUUAGCCGUAUCCUUAUUCUAGUCCUCCUCUGUUCCUCUGGUGAUGUAGAGGCUAACCCAGGCCCUGCAGCCCCCAGUAUCACUCUUACUCCCCAGGAGCUAUCAUUUAUUGACUUCUGUAACCGUAAAAGCCUUGGUUUUCUGCACGUUAACAUCAGAAGCCUCCUUCCUAAGUUAUUCACUGCGUUAGCACACUCUGCCAACCCUGAUGUUCUAGCAGUGUCUGAAUCCUGGCUUAGGAAGGCCACCAAAAAUGCAGAAAUGUCCAUCCCCAACUACAACAUUUUCCGUCUAGAUAGAACUGCCAAAGGGGGUGGAGUUGCAAUCUACUGUAGAGGUAGCCUGCAGAGCUCUAUCAUACUAUCCAGGUCUGUGCCCAAACAGUUUGAGCUUCUACUUCUAAAAAUCCACCUUUCCAGAAAUAAGUCUCUCACUGUUGCCACUUGCUACAGACCCCCCUCAGCCCCCAGCUGUGCCCUGGACACCAUAUGUGAAUUGAUUGCCCCCCAUCUAUCCUCAGAGUUCAUACUGCUUGGUGACCUAAACUGGGAUAUGCUUAACACCCCGCCACCCUAUAAUCCAAACUAGAUGCCCUCAAUCUCACACAAAUUAUCAAGGAACCUACCAGGUACAACUCUAAAUCCGUAAACAUGGGCACCCUCAUAGAUAUCAUCCUGACUAAUUUACCCUCUAAAUACACCUCCGCUGUCUUCAACCAGGAUCUCAGCGAUCACUGCCUUAUUGCCUGCGUCCGUAAUGGGUCCGCGGUCAAACGACCACCCCUCAUCACUGUCAAACGCUCCCUAAAACACUUUAGCGAGCAGGCCUUCCUAAUUGACCUGGCCCAGGUAUCCUGGAUGGAUAUCGAUCUCAUUCCGUCAGUAGAGGAUGCCUGGUUGUUCUUUAAAAGUGCUUUCCUCUCAAUCUUAAAUAAGCAUGCCCCAUUCAAAAAAUUCAGAACUAAGAACAGAUAUAGCCCCUGGUUCUCCUCAGACUUGACUGCCCUUGACCAGCACAAAAUCAUCCUGUGGCGUACUGCAUUAGCAUCAAAUAGCCCCCGCGAUAUGCAACUUUUCAGGGAAGGUAGGACCCAAUAUACACAAGUGGUUAGGAAAGCAAAGGCUAGCUUUUUCAAACAGAAAUUUGCAUCCUGUAGCACUAACUCCAAAAGGUUUUGGGACACUGUAAAGUCCAUGGAGAAUAAGAGCACCUCCUCCCAGCUGCCCACUGCACUGAGGCUAGGAAACACUAUCACCACCGAUAAAUCUACAAUAAUCGAGAAUUUCAACAAGCAUUUUGCUACGGCUGGCCAUGCUUUCCACCUGGCUACCACUACCCCGGCCACCAGCUCAAAUUAAGGUGGAAAACCACACUACAGGCUGAUCCAACUUUGUCCUUAAAACAAGUCAAAAUGAGGCUCAGUAGUGUGUGUGGCCUCCACGUGCCUGUAUGACCUCCCUACAACGCCUGGGCAUGCUCCUGGUGAGGUGGCGGAUGGUCACCUGAGGGAUCUCCUCCCAGACCUGGACUAAAGCAUCCGCCAACUCCUGGACAGUCUGUGGUGCAACGUGGCGUUGGUGGAUGGAGCGAGACAUGAUGUCCCAGAUGUGCUCAAUUGGAUUCAGGUCUGGGGAACGGGCGGGCCAGUCCAUAGCAUCAAUGCCUUCCUCUUGCAGGAACUGCUGACACAUUCCAGCCACAUGAGGUCUAGCAUUGUCUUGCAUUAGGAGGAACCCAGGGCCAACCGCACCAGCAUAUGGUCUCACAAGGGGUCUGAGGAUCUCAUCUCGGUACCUAAUGGCAGUCAGGCUACCUCUGGCGAGCACAUGGAGGGCUGUGCGGCCCCCCCAAAGAAAUGCCACCCCACACCAUGACUGACCCACCGCCAAACCGGUCAUGCUGGAGGAUGUUGCAGGCAGCAGAACGUUCUCCACGGCGUCUCCAGACUCUGUCACGUAUGUCACGUGCUCAGUGUGAACCUGCUUUCAUCUGUUAAGAGCACAGGGCGCCAGUGGCGAAUUUGCCAAUCUUGGUGUUCUCUGGCAAAUGCCAAACGUCCUGCACGGUGUUGGGCUUUAAGCACAACCCCCACCUGUGGACUUCGGGCCCUCAUACCACCCUCAUGGAGUCUGUUUCUGACCGUUUGAGCAGACACAUGCACAUUUGUGGCCUGCUGGAGGUCAUUUUGCAGGGCUCUGGCAGUGCUCCUACGGCCUCCUCCACGUCUCCUGAUGUACUGGCCUGUCUCCUGGUAGCGCCUCCAUGCUCUGGACACUACGCUGACAGACACAGCAAACCUUCUUGCCACAGCUCGCAUUGAUGUGCCAUCCUGGAUAAGCUGCACUACGUCUCAUGCUACCACUAGAGUGAAAGCACCGCCAGCAUUCAAAAGUGACCAAAACAUCAGCCAGGAAGCAUAGGAACUGAGAAGUGGUCUGUGGUCACCACCUGCAAAACCAGUCCUUUAUUGGGGGUGUCUUGCUAAUUGCCUAUAAUUUCCACCUGUUGUCUAUUCCAUUUGCACAACAGCAUGUGCAAUUUAUUGUCAAUCUGUGUUGCUUCCUAAGUGGACAGUUUGAUUUCACAGAAGUGUGAUUGACUUGGAGUUACAUUGUGUUGUUUAAGUGUUCCCUUUAUUUUUUUGAGCAGUGUAUAUCCAUCCUGCCCUGCCUUUCGAAAGUUUUUGAAAGCCAAGUUAACAAACAGAUCACCGACCAUUUCGAAUCACACCAUACCUUCUCCGCUAUGCAAUCCGGUUUCCGAGGUCCUAAACGAUAUUAUAACCGCAAUCAAUAAUAGACAGUACUGUGCAGCCGUCUUCAUCGACCUGGCCAAGGCUUUCGACUCUGUCAAUCACUGCAUUCUUAUUGGAAGACUAAAUAGCCUUGGUUUCUCAAAUGACUGCCUCGCCUGGUUCACCAACUACUUCUCAGAUAGAGUUCAAUGUAUCAAAUCGGAGGGCCUGUUGUCUGGACCUAUGGCAGUCUCUAUGGAGGUGCCACAGGGUUCAAUCUUGGGCCGACUCUUUUCUCCGUGUAUAUCAAUGAUGUCGCUCUUGCUGCUGGUGACUCUCAGAUCCACCUCUACGCAGACGACACCAUUUUGUAUACAUCUGGCCCUUCAUUGGACACUGUUAACAAACCCCCAAAUGAGCUUCAAUGCCAUACAACACUCCUUCCGUAGCCUCCAACUGCUCUUAAACACUAGUAAAACUAAAUGCAUGCUCUUCAAUCGAACGCUGCUGGCACCCGCCUACCCGACUAGAAUCACUACUCUCGACGGGUCUGACAUAGAAUAUGUGGACAACUACAAAUACCUAGGUGUCUGGUUAGACUGUAAACUCUCCUUCUAGACUCACAUUAAGUAUCUCCAAUCCAAAGUUAAAUCUAGAAUCGGCUUCCUAUUUCGCAACAAAGCCUCCUUCAAUCAUGCUGCCAAACAUGCCCUCGUAAAACUGACUAUCCUACCGAUCCUUGACUUCGGCGAUGUCAUUUACAAAAUAGCCUCCAACACUCUACUCAGCAAAUUGGAUGUAGUCUAUCACAGUGCCAUCCGUUUUGUCACCAAAGCCCCAUAUACUACCCACCACUGUGACCUCUACGCUCUUGUUGGCUGGUACUCACUACAUAUUCGUCGCCAAACCCACUGGCUCCAGGCCAUCUAUAAAUCACUGCUAGGCAAAUCCCCGCCUUUAUCUUAGCUAAUUGGUCACCAUAGCAACACCCACCCGUAGAAUGCGCUCCAGCAGGUACAUCUCACUGGUCAUCCCCAAAGCCAACACCUCCUUUGGCCGCCAUUCUUUUCAGUUCUCUGCUGCCAAUGACUGGAAUGAACUGCAAAAAUCUCUGAAGCUGGAGACUUAUCUCCCUCACUAACUUUAAGCAUCAGUUGUCAGAGCACCUUACCAAUCACUGCACCUGUACACAGCACAUCUGAAAUUAGCCCACCCAACUACCUCAUCCCCAUAUUGUUAUUUAUUUUGCUCAUUUGCACCCCAGUAUCUCUAUUUGCACAUCAUCUCUUUCAGUGUUAAUACUAAUUGUAAUUAUUUUGCACUAUGGCCUAUUUAUUGCCUUACCUCCAUAACUUGCUACAUUUGCACACACUGUAUAUAUAUUUUCUGUUGUAUUUUUGACUUUUGUUUUGUUUUAGGGGCCCCGUGUAGCUCAGUUGGUAGAGCAUGGCGCUUGCAACGCCAGGGUUGUGGGUUCGUUUCCCACGGGGGGCCAGUAUGAAAAUGUAUGCACUCACUAACUGUAAGUCGCUCUGGAUAAGAGCGCCUGCUAAAUUACUAAAAUGUUUUACCCCAUAUGUAACUCUGUGUUGUUGUUUUUAUCGCACUGCUUUGCUUUAUUUUGGCCAGGUCGCAGUUGUAAAUGAGAACUUGUUCUCAACUGGCUUACCUGGUUAAAUAAAGGUGAAAUAAAAAAUAAAAAUAAAAACUAGGGGUUGUUACUGUGGGGUCGCCUGAUUUGAAAAUUGGGGUCGUGAGAGUCAAAAUAAGAAAUUGCGCUUGGUUUAUAGAACUGGGGUUACGUUAGUAACCUCCGGUAGCCGCUAGAUGCGGUUGUAAUAAACAGAAAGUUUUCUUCCUACAAAUGUGGCUUUAUCUUUUGAACGGUUUAAGCUACAAAAUAUUAUGACCCCAUCACGGAAAGAUAAGACUCACAGGAACACAAGCCGCGCAGGACUAAAUGGAUUGUUGAGAAGAACUUGACUGGCCUGCACAGAGCCCUGACCUCAACCCCAUCGAACACCUUUGGGAUGAAUUGGAACGCCAACUGCGAGCCAGGCCUAAUCGCCCAACAUCAGUGCCCAUCUAACUAAUGCUCGUAGCUGAAAGUUCCCGCAGCAAUCCCCGCAGCAAUGUUCCAACAUCUAAUGGAAAGACUUCCCAGAAGAGUGGAUGUUCUUAUAGCAGCAAAGGGGGGACCAACUCCAUAUUAAUGAUUUUGGAAUGAGAUGUUCGACGAGCAUGUAGUGUAUGUGUCUUCUGUUUCCCUCUACAAUGCCCACAAAGCAGCAUAGGACUCAUUAGAACAGAGUGGACAAGACCAGGCACUAAAUCAGACUGGGGGGAGAAGAGCAUCAUGAAUUACUAUCUUUUCUACACAGAUGAUCGAUCAUACAAAAUUAUUGCCUGAUGAUCUUCUGAACUUUCCAAUAUCUUUCUGAUGCAUUUGUCACUUCAAACCAUACUUCCUUCAGAUAGUACUUUUUCCAGUAUUUCUGUCAGACUGAUUUGUAAUAGACUGUCAUAGCCCCAGUUAAAAAAGUUAACAUUGGCAGUUGAUUACAUAACUUUUUCUUUUACAUGGUGGGAUUGCAACAUUUUUUGUUUUUCAAAAAUGGGGUCUUGGGCCAAAAAUAUUUGGGGACCUUUAGUGUAGAAUAAUACCCAAACAUGCAAAGGAGGAUUAUUGCAUUUUCUACCUUUGUGUACCUAUUCAGGAUACAUCACCAUGAAGAGAAUGCAUUUCUGUAUAGUACAGAUUCUGUUACCAUCACUCUCUUACUGGUUGUUAAUCCACUUCACUUACUGUAGUUCGGUAAUGAAUGUACAGUUGAAGUCGGAAGUUUACAUACACCUUAGCCAAAUACAUUUAAACUCAGCUUUUCACAAUUCCUGACAUUUAAUCCUAGUAAAAUGGCCCUGUUUUAGGUCAGUUAGGAUCACCACUUUAUUUUAAGAAUGUGAAAUGUCACAAUAAUAGUAGAGAGAAUUAUUUAUUUCAGCUUUUAUUUAUUUCAUCACAUUCCCAGUGGGUCAGAAGUUUACAUACACUCAAUUAGCAUUUGGUAGCAUUCCCUUUAAAUUGUUUAACUUGGGUCAAACGUUUCGAGGGCGCCUUCCACAAGCUUCCCACAAUAAAUUGGUUGAAUUUUGGCCCAUUCCUCCUGACAGAGCUGGUGUAACUGAGUCAGGUUUGAAGGCCUCCUUGCUCGCACAUGCUUUUUCAGUUCUGCCCACACAUUUUCUAUAGGAUUGAGGUCAGGGAUUUGUGAUGGCCACUCCAAUACCUUGACUUUGUUGUCCUUAAGCCAUUUUGCCACAACUUUGGAAGUAUGCUUGGGGUCAUUGUCCAUUUGGAAGAUCCAUUUGAGACCAAGCUUUCAGUUCCUGACUGAUGUCUUGAGAUGUUGCUUCAAUAUAUCCACAUAAUUUUCCUUCCUCAUGAUGCCAUCUAUUUUGUGAAGUGCACCAGUCCCUCCUGCAGCAAAGCACCCCCACAGCAUGAUGCUGCCACCCACGUGCUUCACGGUUGGGAUGGUGUUCUUCGGCUUGCAGGGUUCCCCUUUCCCUCCAAACAUAACGAUGGUCAUUAUGGCCAAACAGUUCUAUUUUUGUUUCAUCAGACCAGAGGACAUUUCUCCAAAAAGUACGAUCUUUGUCCCCAUGUGCAGUUGCAAACCGUAGUCUGGAUUUUUUAUGGCGGUUUUGGAGCAGUGGCUUCUUCCUUGCUGAGCGGCAUUUCAGGUUAUGUCGAUACAGGACUCGUUUUACUGUGGAUAUAGAUACUUUUGUACCUGUUUCCUCCAGCAUCUUCACAAGGUCCUUUGCUGUUGUUCUGGGAUUGAUUUGCACUUUUCGCACCAAAGUACGUUCAUCUCUAGGAUACAGAAUGUGCCUCCUUCCUGAGCGGUAUGAUGGCUGUGUGGUCCCAUGGUGUGUUUACUUGCGUACUAUUGUUUGUACAGAUGAACGUGGUACCUUCAGGCAUUUGGAAAUUGCUCCCAAGGAUGAACCAGACUUGUGGAGUUCUACAAAAUAAAUUUCUGAGGUCUUGGCUGAUUUCUUUUGAUUUUCCCAUGAUGUCAAACAAAGAGGCACUGAGUUUGAAGGUAGGCCUUGAAAUACAUCCACAGGUACACCUCCAAUUGACUCAAAUUAUGUCAAUUAGCCUAUCAGAAGCUUCUUAAGCCAUGACAUCAUUUUCUGGAAUUUUCCAAGCUGUUUAAAGGCACAGUCAACUAAGUGUAUGUAAACUUCUGACCCACUGGAAUUGUGAUACAGUGAAUUAUAAGUGAAAUAAUCUGUCUGUAAAAAAUUGUUGGAAAAAUUACAUGCACAAAGUAGAUGUCCUAACUGACUUGCCAAAACUAUAGUUAGCUAACAAGACAUUUGUGGAGUGGUGGAAAAACGAGUUUUAAUGACUCCAACCUAAGUGUAUGUAAACUUCCGACUUCAACUGUAUGUAUGUAUGUAUUACCAUUCAAAAGUAUGGGGUCACUUAGAAAUGUCCUUGUUUUCGAAUGAAAAUUAUUUUUUUUGUCCAUUUAAAAUAACAUCAAAUUGAUCAGAAAUACAGUGUAGACAUUGUUAAUGUUGUAAAUGGCUAUUGUAGCUGGAAAUGGCUGAUUUAUUUUUUAUUUUUUAUGGAAUAUCUACAAAGGCGCACAGAGGCACAUUAUCAGCAACCAUCAGUCCUGUGUUCCAAUGGCACGUUGUGUUUGCUAAUCCAAGUUUAUCAUUUUAAAAGGCUAAUUGAUCAUUAGAAAACCCUUUUGCAAUUAUGUUAGCAUAGCAGAAAACUGGCCUAAAGAAGCAAUAAAACUGGCCUUCUUGAGACUAGUUGAGUGUCUGAAAAAGCCAUAUCUCAGACUGGCCAAUAAAAUAAAAGCUUAAGAUGGGCAGUCUGAGAUAUGGCUUUUUCUUUGCAACUCUGUCUAAGUCGUCAGCAUCCCAGAGUCGCCUCUUCACUGUUGACGUUUAGACUGGUGUUUUGCGGGUGCUAUUUAAUGAAGCUGCCAGUUGAGGAUCUGUGAGGCGCUUGUUUCUCAAACUAGAUACUCUAAUGUAUUUGUCCUCUUGCUCAGUUGUGCACCGGGGCCUCCUACUCCUCUUUCUAUUCUGGUUAGAGCCAGUUUGCGCUGUUCUGUGAAGGGAGUAGUACACAGUGUUCUACGAGAUCUUCAGUGAUGGUCAAAGUUUGGACACACCUACUCAUUCCAGGGUUUUUCCUUAUUUUUACUAUUUUCUACAUUGUAGAAUAAUAGUGAAGACAUUGACACUAUGAAAUAACACAUGGAAUCAUGUAGUAACCAAAAAAGUGUUAAACAAAUCAAAAUGUAUUUUAUAUUUGAGAUUAUUCAAAGUAGCCACCCUUUGCCUUGAGGACAGCUUUGCACACACUUGGCAUUCUCUCAACCAGCUUCACCUGGAAUGCUUUCCCAACAGUCUUGAAGGAGUUCCCACAUAUGCUGAGCACUUGUUGGCUGCUUUUCCUUCACUCUGCGGUCCAACUCAUCCCAAACCAUCUCAAUUGGGUUGAGGUCGGGUGAUUUGUGGAGGCCAGGUCAUCUGAUGCAGCACUCCAUCACUCUCCUUCUUGGUCAAAUAGCCCUUUGACAGCCUGGAGGUGUGUUGGGUCAUUGUCCUGUUGAAAAACAAAUGAUAGUCCCACUAAGUGCAAACCAGAUGGGAUGGCGUAUCGCUGCAGAAUGCUGUGGUAGCCAUGCUGGUUAAGUGUGCCUUUGAAUUCUAAAUAAAUCACCACUGACAGUGUCACCAGCAAAGCACCAUCACACCUCGUCCUCCUUGCUCCGCAAUACUAACCUAAAUGACAGUGAAAAGAAGGAAGUACAGUGAGGGAAAAAACUACUUGAUCCCCUGCUGAUUUUGUACAUUUGCCCACUGACAAAGAAAUGAUCAGUCUAUAAAUUUAAUGGUAGGUUUAUUUGAACAGUGAGAGACAGAAUAACAACAAAAAAAUCCAGAAAAACGCAUGUCAAAAAUGUUAUAAAUUGAUUUGCAUUUUAAUGAGGGAAAUAAGUAUUUGACCCCUCUGCAAAACAUGACUUAGUACUUGGUGGCAAAACCCUUGUUGGCAAUCACAGAGGUCAGACGUUUCUUGUAGUUGGCCACCAGGUUUGCACACAUCUCAGGAGGGAUUUUGUCCCACUCCUCUUUGCAGAUCUUCACCAAGUCAUUAGGUUUCGAGGCUGACGUUUGGCAACUCAAACCUUCAGCUCCCUCCACAGAUUUUCUAUGGGAUUAAGGUCUGGAGACUGGCUAGGCCAGUCCAGGAACUUAAUGUGCUUCUUCUUGAGCCGCCACUUUGUUGCCUUGGCCGUGUGUUUUGGGUCAUUGUCAUGCUGGAAUACCCAUCCACGACCCAUUUUCAAUGCCCUGGCUGAGGGAAGGAGGUUCUCACCCAAGAUUUGACGGUACAUGGCCCUGUCCAUCGUCCCUUUGAUGCGGUGAAGUUGUCCUGUCCCCUUAGCAGAAAAACACCCCCAAAGCAUAAUGUUUCCACCUCCAUGUUUGACGGUGGGGAUGGUGUUCUUGGGGUCAUAGGCAGCAUUCCUCCUCCUCCAAACACGGCGAGUUGAGUUGAUGCCAAAGAGCUCAAUUUUGGUCUCAUCUGACCACAACACUUUCACCCAGUUCUCCUCUGAAUCAUUCAGAUGUUCAUUGGCAAACUUCAGACGGGCAUGUAUAUGUGCUUUCUUGAGCAGGGGGACCUUGCGGGCGCUGCAGGAUUUCAGUCCUUCAUGGCGUAGUGUGUUACCAAUUGUUUUCAUGGUCUCAGCUGCCUUGAGAUCAUUGACAAGAUCCUCCCGUGUAGUUCUGGGCUGAUUCCUCACCGUUCUCAUGAUCAUUGCAACUCCACGAGGUGAGAUCUUGCAUGGAGCCCCAGGCCGAGGGAGAUUGACAGUUAUUUUGUGUUUCUUCCAUUUGAGAAUAAUCGCACCAACUAUUGUUACCUUCUCACCAAGCUGCUUGGCGAUGGUCUUGUAGCCCAUUCCAGCCUUGUGUAGGUCUACAAUCUUGUCCCUGACAUCCUUGGAGAGCUCUUUGGUCUUGGCCAUGGUGGAGAGUUUGGAAUCUGAUUGAUUGAUUGCUUCUGUGGACAGGUGUCUUUUAUACAGGUAACGAGCUGAGAUUAGGAGCACACUCUUAAAGGGAGAGCUCCUAAUCUCAGCUCGUUACCUGUAUAAAAGACACCUGGGAGCCAGAAAUCUUUCUGAUUGAGAGGGGGUCAAAUACUUAUUUCACUCAUUAAAAUGCAAAUCAAUUGAUAACAUUUUUGACAUGCGUUUUUCUGGAUUUUUGUUGUUGUUAUUCUGUCUCUCACUGUUCAAAUAAACCUACCAUUAAAAUUAUUGACCGAUCAUUUCUUUGUCAGUGGACAAACGUACAAAAUCAGCAGGGGAUCAAAUACUUUUUUCCCUCACUGUAUAUACAGAAUAACAAAUAUUCCAGUUUGCAAUAAUACUACAAAUAAUGUGGCUAAGAAAUUUGCUUUUUGUCCUGAAUACAAAGCAUUAUGUUUGGGGCAAACACAACACAUCACUGAGUACCAUUCUUCAUAUUUUCAAGCAUGGUGGUGGCUGCAUCAUGUUAAGGAUAUGCUUGUCAUCGGCAAAGACUAGGGAUUUCUUUGGGGAUAAAAAUAAACGGAAUAGAGCUGAGCACAGGCCAAAUCCUAGAGGAAAACCUGGUUGUCUGCUUGAGCAGGACAAGGCCAAAUAUACACUGCAGUUGUUUACCAAGACAGCAUUGAUUGUUCCUGAGCGGCCUAGUUAUGUUUUGACUUAAAUCGGCUUGAAAAUCUAUUGCAAGACUUGAAAAUGCCUGUCUAGUAAUGAUCAAUAACCAACUUGACUGAGCUUGUAGAGUUUUAAAAAGAAUAAUGGGCAAAUAUUGUACAAUCUAGGUGUGCAAAGCUCUUCGAGACUUAUCCAGAAAAACUCACAGCCAUAAUGGCUGCCAAAGACGAUUCUAACAUGUAUUGACUCAGGGGGUUGGACUCAGGGGGUUGAAUACUUUUUUUUAUUUUUUACUUUGACAUUACAGAAUACGUUGUGUAAAUUGUUGAAAAAAAGAAGACAAUUAAAUCCAUUUUAAUCCCAGUUUGUAACACAACAAAAUGUGGAAAAAGUAAAGGUGUGUGGAUAUUUUCUGAACGCACUGUAUAUAUUUAGUUUGCUGUUUUUGGUUUCAGUUGGAGUCCUCUACAUUUGGUCAUACAGGCAGUUCUAUUUCAGUUGGGGCUGGGGGGCUGUCUAUGGGAAAUAUAGCAGAUCGUUGGAAAGUUGUAAGAUGACAGUGCAGUGUCAGCAGGUUGCCAUGACGAUGCAGUCAUCCCACAUUUCAUUGUGCCGGACCCUGUGCUGCCUGUCUCCCUCCCUCCCGCAAGGUCACAGGGUCCCAAUUGAUCUAGCUGCCAGGCAGAGGCUCGCAUCACUUUCCUGUAACAUAUGUUCCCGGCCCGUUACGCUUGCAUCAAUCUCCUUUAUGUGGACAGUAAAACACCUAAUUUCACCCGUCUGAGCUCAUGUACUCAGGGCUGUAGAGACAUAGAACCGCUCCCUAAGAACAUACUGUAUGUAAUUAAGCAAUGUAUUAAAGAUAAUAAUGGACUCUGACUGAAUGGUAGUUCACCAUUUUGUUCCCUAUUCAAAUGAACCGCACUGUCCGUACAGUACAACCGGUUCAAAACCUGUACAUGUCUCUGAAUCUGCCUUGGUCUAGGAGACUGACAGAAGAGCAUUGCCGUGGUCAUUGUCGUGCACCCUAUUGAACUUUAUUGCUCCACAGUCCACACACACAGACUGUCCGCUGGGUGCUGUAAAUCAGCCAGUGAUGUGUGAUCUCCAUUGUUCCUAGUCCAGCAGGUUAAUGGGAAUGGCCGGUCAUUGUGGUUGCAGCCCUAGUCCUGUCCAUGUCCAUGCUGCAGUGCAGAUAGCCUAGCGUUCAUGUGCUCCCCUCUGUAUGGGCCGGCCAUCCGAUCCGCAUGCGGAGUAGUCAGCAGCAUGUCCCCUCACAGUAGGGCACUCCUAGGCAUACCUGUCAUAAUGUUAACCUUAAAGAUCAUGUUUGGUGAAUCUGUUGAUGGGUAGCUGAAUUUGAUGAAGUUGUUGUAGAUAUAGUAACUAUUAGCUACAGCCUAGAACAUUGUGCUUGAAAACAGUAGGAAUUCUUUGUGGGUUUUCAGAUUAGUUUUGUUCAUUUUGCUGUGAUCUCAACACAGCAGCUUAUUGAACACCUCAAGAGGAUGUGACUGAUGGCCAAUGCACCGGAAUAACUAUAUGUUUUUCAGAUGUAGACUCGUGACCGGACAACAUCACUUUACUACUAUAUGUUUUUCAGAUGUAGACUGUGGUGACUGGACAACAUCCGUUUACUAUAUGUUUUUCAGAUGUAGACUGGUGACCUGACAACAUCAGUUUACUAUAUGUUUUUCAGAUGUAGACUGUGGUGACCGGACAACAUCAGUUUACUGUAUGUUUUUCAGAUGUAGACUGUGGUGACCUGACAACAUCAGUUUACUGUAUGUUUUUCAGAUGUAGACUGGUGACCGGACAACAUCAGUUUACUAUAUGUUUUUCAGAUGUAGACUGUGGUGACCUGACAACACCGUUUACUAUAUGUUUUUCAGAUGUAGACUGGUGACCUGACAACAUCAGUUUACUGUAUGUUUUUCAGAUGUAGACUGUGGUGACCGGACAACACCGUUUACUAUAUGUUUUUCAGAUGUAGACUGUGGUGACCUGACAACACCGUUUACUAUAUGUUUUUCAGAUGUAGACUGGUGACCUGACAACAUCAGUUUACUGUAUGUUUUUCAGAUGUAGACUGUGGUGACCGGACAACAUCAGUUUACUAUAUGUUUUUCAGAUGAGACUGUGGUGACCUGACAACAUCAGUUUACUGUAUGUUUUUCAGAUGUAGACUGUGGUGACCUGACAACACCGUUUUACUAUAUGUUUUUCAGAUGUAGACUGUGGUGACCGGACAACAUCCGUUUACUAUAUGUUUUUCAGAUGUAGACUGUGUGACCGGACAACAUCAGUUUACUAUAUGUUUUUCAGAUGUAGACUGUGGUGACCGGACAACAUCAGUUUACUAUAUGUUUUUCAGAUGUAGACUGUGUGACCGGACAACAUCAGUUUACUAUAUGUUUUUCAGAUGUAGACUGUGGUGACCGGACAACAUCCGUUUCCCAGCAUCUUCCUUUUAUCUUCUUGUCUGAUUGCUAUGACCAGUUGUUUUCUGAUGAUUCUUUGUGCAUAUCAUUCCCCAUUGAUCUAUGCGAAAUCAAAGAAUGCUGUAAAGAUAUGGAUUUCCAUAGGUUUUUAUUUGUGCCUCAAAGAGAAGCUUAAAAAUGUAACCAUUAUUUUUCUACCUCAAUGCCUCUGAGCUGAAACAUCACCCUGUUUUUAUUACAGGGCAAUUGGAUCAUGUAGAAACCAACAGGAGCAUUUCACAUUCAAUUCAUUAAACAAUUUAUGAGGACUGCAUUUCCACAAGAGCCAAACAAUGCUGAUGGGAUGUGUCCCAAAUGGCACCCUAUUCCCUACAUAGUGCACUACUUAUAUAUGCACAAAAUAUAACCUAAAAUGUGCGUGCACCAGUUUUCAUGCAAAAGUUGGCAUUUAUAAAACAUUUACUUGACGUGAGAAUGUACUCCCCUCCCCGCAAACUUUAGACCAUGCGUACGCACAUCUGCUAGUGGUUAAAAUAUUGUAUUGCAAUCUGGCAAGUAAAUAUUUUGUGCAAAUGGGGGAUAUGACGAAAAGCUUCUCACUAACAACAGGAAAACGGAUUAACAAGAAAGCAACCCUUGUUUAGAAUCUAAAAUAAUUUGACAGGAAUCUUAUAAUUAGACUUAUGUAUUUUUCCUAUUUAUUUUAUUUUCAAACCCAUUGCAGAAUAUAUUCCUCACCUUUUCUGGCCGUGAUGGGUUCAUUUCCCGAAGGAGCCAUACAACAAAUGACCAUGCGCAUCUCAUUUAAUGGUAAAUAGAUAGGCUAUAUGUACAGUGCAUUCGGAAAGUAUUCAGACCCCUUGACUUCUUCCACAUUUUGUUAUGUUACAGCCUUAUUCUAAAAUGUAUUUCUUUCCUCAUCAAUCUAUACACAAUACCCCAUAAUGACAAAGCGAAAACAGGUUUAGAUUUUUUUGCAAAUGUAUAAAAAAAAAAAAAUGUAUUUACAUAAGUAUUCAAACCCUUUGCUAUGAGACUCGAAAUUUAGCUCCGGUGCAUCCUGUUUCCAUUGAUCAUCCUUGAGACGUUUCUAAAACUUGAUUGGAGUCCACCUGUGGUAAAUUCAAUUGAUUGGACAUGAUUUGGAAAGGAACACACCUGUCUAAAUAAGGUCCCACAGUUGACAGUGCAUGUCAGAGCAAAAACCAAGCCAUGAGGUCGAAGGAAAUGUCCGUAGAGCUCCGAGACAGGAUUGUGUCGAGGCACAGAUCUGGGGAAUGGUACCAAAACAUUUCUGCAGCAUGGAAGGUCCCCAAGAACACAGUGGCCUCCAUCAUUCUUAAAUAGAAGAAGUUUGGAACCACCAACACUCUUCCUAGAGCUGGCCGCCCGGCCAAACUGGGCAAUCGGGGGAGAAGGGCCUUGGUCAGGGAGGUGACCAAGAACCCGAUGGUCACUCUGACAGAGCUCCAGAGUUCCUCUGUGGAGAUGGGAGAACCUUCCAGAAGGACAACCAUCUCUGCAGCACUCCACCAAUCAGGCCUUUAUGGUAGAGUGGCCAGACGGAAGCCAAUCCUCAGUAAAAGGCACAUGACCGCCUGCUUGGAGUUUGCCAAAAGGCACCUAAAGGACUCUCAGACCAAGAUAAAACAAGAUUCUCUGGUCUGAUGAAACCAAGAUUGAACUCUUUGGCUUGAACUCUUUGGCUUGAAUGCCAAGCGUCACAUCUGGAGGAAACCUGGCACCAUCACUACGGUGAAGCAUGGUGGUAGCAGCAUCAUGCUGUGGGGAUGGUUUUCAGCGGCAGGGACUUGGAGACUAGUCAGGAUCGAGGGAAAGAUGAACGGAGCAAAGUACAGAGAGAUCCUUGAUGAAAACCUGCUCCAGAGCGCUCAGGACCUCAGACUGGGGCGAAGGUUCACCUUCCAACAGGACAAUGACCCUAAGCACACAGCCAAGACAACGCAGGAGUGGCUUUGGGACAAGUCUCUGAAUGUCCUUGAGUGCCCCAGCCAGAGCUCCCCAUCCAACCUGACAGAGCUUGAGAGGAUCUUCAGAGAAGAAUGGGAGAAACUCCCCAAAUACAGGUGUGCCAAACUUGUAGCGUCAUACCCAAGACAACUCAAGGCUGUAAUCGCUGCCAAAGGUGCUUCAACAAAGUACUGAGUAAAGGCUCUGAAUUACUUAUGUAAAUGUGAUAUUUCACAAAAUUCUAAAAACCUGUUUUUGCUUUGUCAUUAUUGUGUGUAGAUUGGGGUAUUGUGUGUAGAUUGAUGGGGGGGGGGGACAAUGUAAUCAAUUUUAGAAUAAGGCUGGAAUGUAACAAAAUGUGGAAAAAGUCAAGGGGUCUGAAUACUUUCCGAACGCACUGUUUUUCAUGUUUUGCAAUAUCAUAUGCAGUGCGGUUUAUAAUACCGGUAUACAGUCGAAUUUAACAAUGGAUCUUUUACAUUGAAGUAGGCCUUAUGUAUCAAGUUAAGUUUUCACGAGCACAGGUACUGUAAGAGGAACUGCCCCUCCCUACCUGCAGGCUAUGUUCAAACCCUACACCCCAUCCCGAGCACUCCGUUCUGCCACCUCAGGUUUCUUGGCAUGCCCUACGUUUCAGAAUUCGCGGUCAGUCCAUCAUAUUCCACAUUUUGUUGUUACAGCCUGAAUUCAAAAUGGAUUUCAAAAUAUAUAUAUUCUCACCCAUCUACACACAAUACCCCAUAAUGACAAAUUGAAAACAUGUUUUUUGAAAUUGUAGCAACUUUAUUGAAAAUGAAAUACGGAAAUAUCUAAUUUACAUAAGUAUUCACACCCCUGAGUCAAUACUUUAUAGAAGCACCUUUGGCAGUGAUUACAGCUGUGAGUCUUUCUGGGUAAGUCUCAAAGAGCUUUCCACUCCUGGAUUGUGCAACAUUUGACCAUUUUUAUUUUCAAAAUUCUUCAAGCUCUGUCAAAUUGGUUGUUGUUCAUUUUCAGGUCUUGCCAUAGAUUUUUAAGUAGAUUUAAGUCAAAACUGUAACUCGGCCACUCAGGAACAUUCACUGUCUUCUUGGUAAGCAACUCCAGUGUAGAUUUGGCCUUGUGUUUUAGGUUAUUAUCCUGCUGGAAGGUGAAUUCAUUUGUUAUGACGAGUUUCUCUGGUAUCGAGUACUUCAGGAUGCAAGACAAUAUGGGACACAGAUGGAGAUUUGAUUCAGUCAUUAUUUAAUGGUAACAGUACUGGAUUCAAUGACAGGCGGUACGGACGUAGCCUCUUGCCAUAUGAAUGACUUCCAUAAAAAAUCUCUGUUUAUAUAAUGCCCUUCCGAUCUACUUCUGUCCCACACAGUUGCCAAGAAUUAUUGAGUGUCACUCAUCUACCACAAUAGCAUCCACAUACUUAGUAUUGUGUGCUACUCCUGAGUGGCGCAGUGGUCUAAGGCACCGCAUCGCAGUGCUAACUGUGCCACUAGAGAUCCUGGUUCGAAUCCAGGCUCUGUCGCAGCCGGCCGCGACCGGGAGACUCAUGGGCGGCGCACAAUUGGCCCAGCGUCGUCCAGGGUAGGGGAGGGAAUGGCCGGCAGGGAUGUAGCUCAGUUGAUAGAGCAUGGCGUUUGCAACGCCAGGGUUGUGGGUUUGAUUCCCACGGGGGGCCAGUAUAAAAAAAAAAAUGUAUUCACUAACUGUAAGUCGCUCUAGAUAAGAGCGUCUGCUAAAUGACUAAAAUGUAAAUGUAAAAUGUGUGUCACCCUAGCCAGGCCAUUCCAUCACGUACACCUUCUAAGAUUAUCACAAGUGGCCCCCAAUCUAUCUUGGCACGCAGACCUUCUGUCACUAACCCGUGACACCAAUAACACAUGGCAUGUCCUUGUCCUCUGUCCCAUAUGCAGCUUAUGAGUUUUACAUACAGUGGGGGGAAAAAAGUAUUUAGUCAGCCACCAAUUGUGCAAGUUCUCCCACUUAAAAAGAUGAGAGAGGCCUUUAAUUUUCAUCAUAGGUACACGUCAACUAUGACAGACAAAUUGAGAAAAAUAAAUCCAGAAAAUCACAUUGUAGGAUGUUUAAUGAAUUUAUUUGCAAAUUAUGGUGGAAAAUAAGUAUUUGGUCACCUACAAACAAGCAAGAUUUCUGGCUCUCACAGACCUGUAACUUCUUCUUUAAGAGGCUCCUCUGUCCUCCACUCGUUACCUGUAUUAAUGGCACCUGUUUGAACUUGUUAUCAGUAUAAAAUACACCUGUCCACAACCUCAAACAGUCACACUCCAAACUCCACUAUGGCCAAGACCAAAGAGCUGUCAAAGGACACCAGAAACAAAAUUGUAGACCUGCACCAGGCUGGGAAGACUGAAUCUGCAAUAGGUAAGCAGCUUGGUUUGAAGAAAUCAACUGUGGGAGCAAUUAUUAGGAAAUGGAAGACAUACAAGACCACAGAUAAUCUCCAUCGAUCUGUGGCUCCACGCAAGAUCUCACCCCGUGGGGUCAAAAUGAUCACAAGAACGGUGAGCAAAAAUCCCAGAACCACACGGGGGGACCUAGUGAAUGACCUGCAGAGAGCUGGGACCAAAGUAACAAAGCCUACCAUCAAUAACACACUACGCCGCCAGGGACUCAAAUCCUGCAGUGCCAGACGUGUCCCCCUGCUUAAGCCAGUACAUGUCCAGGCCCGUCUGAAGUUUGCUAGAGUGCAUUUGGAUGAUCCAGAAGAGGAUUGGGAGAAUGUCAUAUGGUCAGAUGAAACCAAAAUAAAACUUUUUGGUAAAAACUCAUCUCGUCGUGUUUGGAGGACAAAGAAUGCUGAGUUGCAUCCAAAGAACACCAUACCUACUGUGAAGCAUGGGUGUGGAAACAUCAUGCUUUUGGGCUGUUUUUCUGCAAAGGGACCAGGACGACUGAUCCGUGUAAAGGAAAAAAUUUAUGGGGCCAUGUAUCGUGAGAUUUUGAGUGAAAACCUCCUUCCAUCAGCAAGGGCAUUGAAGAUGAAACGUGGCUGGGUCUUUCAGCAUGACAAUGAUCCCAAACACACCGCCCGGGCAAUGAAGGAGUGGCUUCGUAAGAAGCAUUUCAAGGUCCUGGAGUGGCCUAGCCAGUCUCCAGAUCUCAACCCCAUAGAAACUCUUUGGAGGGAGUUGAAAGUCCGUGUUGCCCAGCGACAGCCCCAAAACAUCACUGCUCUAGAGGAGAUCUGCAUGGAGGAAUGGGCCAAAAUACCAGCAACAGUGUGUGAAACGUGAAGACUUACAGAAAACUUUGACCGUUCUUGCCAACAAAGGGUAUACACAAAGUGAGAACUUUGUUAUGACCAAAUACUUAUUUCCACCAUAUCAAAUAAUUCUUCAAAAUCCUAUAAUGUGAUUCUGGAAUUUUUUACAUUGUCGAUAGAGUUACCUAUGAUGAAAUUACAGCUCUCAUCUUUUAAGGGGGAACUGCACUGUGGCUGACUAAAUCUUUUUCACGACAUUAAUAAUUUGACACAAGCGUAUAAUUUUCGGUAUGGGGAAGGAAGACGAUCGAUUUGCCUGGCUUAGUCCAUUCCGUUUAUUUUUAAUUGAAAAUCCCAGUCAACACUACAAGCAUUCCCAUAACAUGAUGCAGCCACCACUAUGCUUGAAAAUAUGGGGUGUUACUCAGUAAUGUGUUGUAUUGGAUUUGCUCCAAACAUAAUGCUUUUUAUUCAGGACAUUAAGUGCAUUUCUUUGCCACAUUUUUUUGAAUAUUUUUUUAUUCUGUACAGGCUUCCUUCUUUUCACUCUGUCACUUAGGUUAAUAUUGUGGAGUAACUACAAUGUUGAUCCAUCCUCCGUUUUCUCCUAUCACAGCCAUUAAACUCGGCAACUGUUUUAAUGUCACAAUUGGCCUCAUGGUGAAAUCCCUGAGCGGUUUCCUUAGACUCUGGUAACUGCGGUAGGAGGACGCCUGUAUCUUUGUAGUCACUGGGUGUAUUAAUACACCAUCCAAAGUGUCAUUAACCUCUACGGGAUCGGUGUCUCGUAUACGGGACGGUUGAGCUAACGUGCGCUAAUGUGAUUAGCAUGACUGUUGUAAGUAACAGCAAACUUUCCAGGACAUAGACAUGUCUUAUAUGGGCAGAAAGCUUAAAUUCUUGUUAAUCUAACUACAUAGUCCAAUUUACAGUAGCUAUUACAGUGAUAAAAUACCAUGCUAUUGUUUGAGGAUAGUGCACAGCAACAAAAAACUUAUCACGGCAACUGGUUUGAUACAUUCACCUCUGAAGGUAAAUAAUGUACUUACGCUACCGUUCAAAAGUUUUGGGUCGCUUAGAAAUGUCCUUGUUUUCCAUGAAAACAUACAUGAAAUGAGUUUGAAUAGGAAAUGCUUUCUGUUAUGAAUGUGAGGAAAGUUGUAGCUAAUACACCCUAGCAGGUUACAAAGAAAUUAGCUAUUCUUGUUCUUUCUAUACUAAACUAAAAUAUAAACGCAACAUGUAAAGGGUUGGUCCUAUGUUUCAUGAGCUGAAAUAAAAUAUCCUAGAAAUGUGCCAUACAUACAAAAAGCUUAUUUCUCAAAAAUGUUGCGCACACAUUUCUUUAUAUCCCUGUUAGUGAGCAUUUCUCAUUUGCCAAGAUAAUCCAUCCACCUGACAGGUGUGGCAUAUCAAGAAGCUGAUUAAACAGCAUGGUCAUACCACAGGUGAUAAAAGGCCACUCUAAAAUGUGUCGUUUUGUCACGCGACACAAUGCCACAGAUGUCUGAAGUUUUGAGAGAGCGUGCAAUUGGCAUGCUGACUGCAGGAAUGUCCACCAGUGCUGUUGCCAGAGAUUUCUGUCUGUAAUAAAGCUCUUGUGGGGGAAAACUCAUUCGGAUUGGCUGGGCCUGGCUCCCCAAUGCCUGCGCCCCAGCCCAGUCAUGUGAAAUCCAUAGAUUAGGGCCUAAUGAAUGUAUUCAAUUGACUGAUUUCCUUAUAUGAACUGUAACUCAGUGAAAUCUUUGAAAUAAUUGCAUGUUGCAUUUAUAUACAUAUUCUCUCUUGAACGGAGUUCCUUGAGUUUCCCAGCAGCCUGCCAAGGCUAUAUGCCUGUGCUCGAAAUCAACAAAGGUAGGCAUAGUUAUUGUUUUCAAAUACUGUAUGUAUUAUUGGCACUGGCAGCUAAACUUAUCAACACUAAAUAAACCCUUUUAACUAUACACAAUUCCAGACGUAACAAUGCACAAACAGUAGAUUUUCUGGCAAUUUAGCCGCUCACUUUACCAGCAUUGCUUCACGUAGACGCGAGAAAAAUAGACUUGCUUUCUAAUUUGAAGCGCAUGACACUGUUGACGCUCGCGGCCCGUCUGUUUUCUGUAAACGCUCGUUCGCGUUUCGUUUGAUUUGGCGUUAAUGUCAAUAGUUCCAAAUUAUACAGUAAAUAAAAGGGUGUUAUUGUCACCAUAAAAGGUGAAUGGAGGGCGUUUUCCAGUUGGAGUUUUAAUGGUCGCGCACAGUUUUAUGACAGGUUUGGUUUAUAACAGGAAACAUGCAUAGGUAUGGCGUGCGCCAAGUUUAUAAAUGUCAAUGUUUGUAAAAAAUAUUGUAGAAAUGGUGCACACACAUUUUGUGUGAAAUUUACACAACAGUUAUAAAGGAGGGCCCUGGUCGUUAGGCUGCAUUUCCAGUGAGGAUUUACCCUAGUGUUUUACCCAAAAGGCUGACUUCUGUGUCUCAUUGGGCCAUGUGUCAGGAGGACCUGCUCUAACUUUAACACCUUCUCACAAAGCAACAGUCUUGAAUGAUGAAGAGGUUGUUGAUUCUGCUCGCCCCACGCCUUUAAUGUCACACUCCUGAUGGAAACACAAUAACACUAGAGAUCACAUUAACAUAAAACGUUGGUGUGGGGGUAAGCAUGGAAAAGAGUGGGAAUAGGGUGCCAUUUUGGGACCCACGCUUCUGCUGCUGUGUGUCUGCAUUGGAGCCUGUUCCAUAACGGGUGCAACAAGCAAAAAUAGUAUUCUACUCAAAUAAGAGAUUAGGCCUGCAACUCAGCCUCAAGGCCUUGGACAAGGACCCAUGUCCACACAAUCAGCUGGGGCUCACAACUUCAUGUGUUUUGUUGCCACACUGAGUCAGGCAACUCAGCCUCAAGGCCUUGGACAAGGACCCAUGUCCACACAAUCAGCUGGGGCUCACAACUUCAUGUGUUUUGUUGCCACACUGAGUCAGGCAGAAGACUGCUUGGUGCAUGAUGUGAUGACAUACAGUAUUAAGCAGUUUUGUGUCAUAUGGGUGUGAACUGCUGGAUGAUACAGAAAGGGCAGGCCUAGACUGUGUCUAGAAAUGGCACCAUAUUCCCUAGAUAGUGCACUACUUUUGACCAGCAUGUCCAGCAAAAUUAAGGCAGUUAUACAUUUUUAAAAACAUUACAAUACAUUCAUAACAGAUUUCACAACAUAUUAAGUGUGUGCCCUCAGGCCUCUACUCUACUACCACAUAUCUAUAACACAAAAUCCAUGUGUACAUGUGUGUAUAGUGCGUAUGUUAUCGUGUGUUUGUAUGCAUGUGUCUAUGUUUGUGUUGCUUCACAGUCCCCGCUGUGUAUUUUUAUCAGUUUUUUUAAUCUAAUUUUACUGCUGGCAUGAGUUACUUGAUGUGGAAUAGAGUUCCAUGUAGUCAUGGCUCUAUGUAAAUGACAUUAGCCCCAUUUGGCCUGGGUUUAAAAAAUCUACACUAGCUUAAUUGACAAAGAUCCAUGCUCCGAUUAGUCAAUGGCUUACACGACUAGUUCUUGACAGAGCCUUCCAAUACCUGUAGUUUGUAGCCACACAAUUGGUUUUCAAUGCUUCACAUCACUUAGUCAGGUAAAACAGGCUGUGCCUAACCUUAACCCUAUUUCAUAUAGUUCACUACCUUUUGACCGUUGGGUUCCGGUCAAAAGUAGUGGACUAUAUAGGGAAUAUGGUGCCAUUUGGGAUGCUUCCAUACUCUUUAUUCUCCAUUCUCUUAGCAUUCCGACUCUUCUUAUCCAUUCUCAACAUGUACAUUUGUCCUUAUGCCUCACGUUAUGUCUUUCUUUCUCUCUGCAGCUGUCAUGUACGUGAUGGGAGCCCUGGGUCCAGCUGCUGGGUACCUGAUGGGAGGAGUUCUCAUCGGCUUCUACGUCGACCCCAAGACUGUCGUCAACAUCGAUCAGAGCGACCCUCGCUUCAUUGGCAACUGGUAAUGUUCCAGACUUUUAACUGAAUAUGUUAAAUUAUGUGAUUGAAUAGAAAUAUUAGGCAGAGAGGCACAUGCGCGUACUGAUAGGACGCAUGGGGAGAGAGUAGCUCCGUUUUGUACCAACAAGACUGUGGUUACAUGAAGAAACCAGACAACAUAACAUUUAAAUUAAGCCUUUAAAAUCGAUAGAUCAAUAUAUCACCAAAUAACCGGGAGAGAAUGAGCAGUCAGUUAUUCACAACAGCGAAACAAUCUGAGUAAAGCGACGCUGCGACUCAAACCCAACAAGCCAUGGCUUCCCUUUAGGGCUGUCCCCGGCAAAAUAAAAUCUUGGUCGCCCGAUAAUCGUCUGUUCUUUCAACCAAUCCAUUAGUCAAUUUUUAAACAUGUAUUUUUCUAUAUGUAGACACACCCUAUGUGUUUUAAUAAAAUCAACUAUAUGCACUGAGCUUGUCCGAUGCAUUAAGCGCACUGUUUGAUAAAAUAAUGAAGACACAAAUGACUAGAGGAAGUCCAAACCGCAAUUGAUUUGGGUUAAAAAAGAAAGACGGUGCUGUGUUAAAAAAGAAAGACAGCCUGUGUGCACCCGUUGUCUCUCUCUCUCCUCCCUGCUGCAGCGACCACCACACAACAUCAACAAUGUUUAUCGCGUAGUCCGUGUUGCUGAAGCUGCAACUUAAUUAUAGCCAUUUCUGACUGAAAAGUUCUGUUACCGAAAUCCCUCAUUUCUUUAGGAAAAACAUUUCCUAUUCCCUCAACCCUUGCUCUCUUUACGUGACACAUGUAUGCAUCACAUGCACGUGACCAAUAGGGCCUGACCUAUAGCCUAUCAUAAUCACAUCAAUAAAUUGGUUAUAACAAACUCUGAGCACUGUAACACGUGACAGCAAAAGGAAUGCGGAGGACGUGAAAGAGAAACUCUAAACAAGGGAAUAUUUACUGGUUGCUCAGGAGGGAAAGGGGAAGUCAGAUGUGUAGAAUACAUUUGAUUUAGUUGUGGAAACUACUGGAGAUCAUGAAAAAGAAGGAAGGUAAGGAGCAAGCGCUGCGUGCAUAUUGUGUGCCAAACAGGUUCGAUUACAGCCUUUAUUACAGCAUAGCAAAGAUUAAAAACAGCCAGAUUUGUUAAAUUGCUUAAUCUGAUAGGUUGUGGUUGCAUGAGGCUUGGAGCUCAUGGAAUCAAUAGGCUAUUAAACAAACACUCAAACAGGCAACAGAAGCCGGAUCUGUCUUAUUUCUGUAGAUAUAUAUGGAUUUAUAAAGUCAGGCACAUUUAACAGUUAGGCUAUUGAUUAUAGACCUAAUUAAGUUGGUUUCCUCUCUCUUCACUUUUCUUAGACAAUUAAGGCAAGUGCUGUUUUCUCGUCUCCUCACUCUGCUGCUGCCGCCUCCGCAUUGUUCUCAACACCAAUAUGCUGGUUAUUUUUGCUAUUAUGCACAUAGCAGCAUGGUCUUUCAGAACCAUGGAGAGCGAUUGCUAUCCAACCAAAUACAUUAUUUAAAGAAGUAUACUAGGUCAUAACAGACUUUAUAUGGGCAAAUAAAAUGCAUAGAAAUAAAAAGGAAAGUUUUACAUUUUGAGGGUGGUUUUAAUCUUCCAGACUUGGAAUUGAAUCAACUCGCUACCCUAGGCUUUUACUUGUGACAUAUAGUUAAAUGCACUAAAGAGGAACAAUGGGUACAUAUUGAAGAUGCGCAUGCUCAUACCCAGAAUAUUUUGAUGUGUCUAUUUUCAAAGCUAAGAACAUUACAACUUCAUAGUUGAGAACACUAUAACAAUAUGGAAGAAAAUGUAACAUAUUUUACAAUAACCAAUGUCACUCACUAGAAACACAACUUUAUGGAACAAUCAUUGGAUAGCUUUUCAGAAUUCAUCGAUAAAUUGGCCCACAUGGAAAGCUAAAGGUAUAGAAACCGUGAAUUAGUUGGUAAUAAUAAUUUCAUAUACAUCCAACUUUUAUAUCACAAAAUGUUGAUUUGAAAUGUAAAACUACUAAUGACUCAAUAAUUCAUGCCUUCUGGGAAUGUUACAAAGUUAAAAAGUUAUGGGCGGAGUUGGAGAGAUGGAUGUCAGAGGUAUUGCAAUGUAAAUUUACUUUUUAAUUCAUCUGUCUGUAUAUUUCAAGACAUGACAUAUGAGAGUGCAGUGAGCUACCCGAUGGGCUGGACAAUACUCUUCUCAUCAUUUAUCUUAAAAAAUAAAAAAGUAUACUCAAUUGGAAAUCAGCCAAUGCUCCAUCGUUUACGCAAUGGAAAGCUCAGCGACAGUGAAACACAAUGGUGCAGUUUGAGGCCAUGUGGCAGAAAGUGAUAAGGGCGCUGGAGAUAGGGUUGGGGGCUAGUGGUUCUGGGCAGGUGUGAUGUAGUGAUGUUUGUAUGAUUUAGUCGUUUGUAUGUGUUUUUGUAUUGUUUAUAAAAUAUCCUAAAAUCAUAUAUUUUUUUAUAUAGACGUUUACAUGUUUGAUUGUCAAUGCUUAGGCCUAAUAUGUUAAAUAUUAUGGAAUUGAUUGGGGAUGUUAGAAAUGUAUGUGUAUGUUAUGUACAGUCGUGGUCAAAAGUUUUGAGAAUGACACAUAUUAAUUUUCCCGAAGUCUGCUGCCUCAGUCUUUAUGAUGGCAAUUUACAUAUACUCCAGAAUGUUAUGAAGAGUGAUCAGAUGAAUUGCAAUUAAUUGCAAAGUCCCUCUUUGCCAUGAAAAUUAACUUAAUCCCAAAAAAACAUUUCUACUGCAUUUCAGCCCUUCCACAAAAGGACCAGCUGACAUCAUGUCAGUGAUUCUCUCGUUAACACAGGUGAGAGUGUUGACGAGGACAAGGCUGGAGAUCACUCUGUCAUGCUGAUUGAGUUAGAAUAACAGACUGGAAGCUUUAAAAGGAGGGUGGUGCUUGAAAUCAUUGUUCUUCCUCUGUUAACCAUGGUUACCUGCAAGGAAACACGUGCCGUCAUCAUUGCUUUGCACAAAAAGGGCUUCACAGGCAAGGAUAUCGCUGCUAGUAAGAUUGCACCUAAAUCAACCAUUUAUCGGAUCAUCAAGAACCUCAAGGAGAGAGGUUAAAUUGUUGUGAAGAAGGCUUCAGGGCGCCCAAGAAAGUCCAGCAAGUCCAACCGCUUCACGGUUGGGAUAGUGUUCUUCGGCUUGCAAGCAACCCUCUUUUUCCUCCAAACAUAAUGAUGGUCAUUAUGGCCAAACAGUUCUAUUUUGUUUCAUCAGACCAGAGGACAUUUCUCCAAAAAGUACGAUCUUUGUCCCAUGUGCAGUUGCAAACCGUAGUCUGGCUUUUUUAUGGCGGUUUUGGAGCAGUGGCUUCUUCCUUGCUGAGUGGCCUUUCAGGUUAUGUCGAUAUAGGACUGUUUACUGUGGAUGUAGAUACUUUGUACUGUUUUCAGCAAAAACCUUGCUUUUGGUCCUUUUUUGCCUCGUUCAUCCGCAUUCUUUACAAGUACGCUCUUUGCGAUUCGUUGUGAAUAAUUUAGAUUUUUUUUAUCUCCUGGCACCAAAAGUACUUCAAACCAUGCUCUAUAGGAGUACAUCCGCGUCUCCUUCCUGAGCGUAAUGACGCUGCGUUGUCCCUGGUUGUUUAUCUUGCGUACGAUUGUUUGUAAAGAUGAACGUGGUACCUUCAGGCGUUUGGAAAUUGCUCCCAAGGAUGAACCAGACUUGUGGAGGUCUACAGAUUUUGUUCUGAGGUCUUGGCUAAUUUCUUUUGAUUUUCCCAUGAUGUCAAGCAAAGAGGCACUGAGUUUGAAGGUAGGCCUUGAAAUACAUCCACUGGUACACCUCCAAUUGACUCAAAUGAUGUCAAUUAGCUUAUCAGAAGCUUCUAAAGCCAUGACAUCAUUUUCUGGAAUUUUCAAAGCUGUUUAAAGGCACAGUCAACUUAGUGUAUGUAAACUUCUGACCCACUGGAAUUGUGAUACAGUGAAUUAUAAGUGAAAUAAUCUCUCCGUAAACAAUUGUUGGGAAAAUUACUUGUGUCAUGCACAAAGUAGAUGUUCUAACGAACUUCCCAAAACUAUAGUUUGUUAACAAGAAAUUUGUGGAGUGGUUGAAAAACGAGUUUUAAUGACUCCAACCUAAGUGUAUGUAAACUUCCGACUUCAACUGUAAGUGGCUCGGGGAACAAAACAUAGACAUUUUGUGUCCAUGGCCAGGAAACUCCCCAGACGUUAAUCCCAUUGAGAACUUGUGGUCAAUCCUCAAGAGGCGGGUAGACAAACAAAAACCCACAAAUUCUGACAAACUCCAAGCAUUGAUUAUGCAAUAAUGGGCUGUCAUCAGUCAGGAUGUGGCCCAGAAGUUAAUUGACAGCAUGCCAGGGCGGAUUGCAUAAACUUAAUGUAAUUGUCAAUAAAAGCCUUUGACACUUAUGGAAUGCUUGUAAUUAUACUUCAGUAUACCAUAGUAACAUCUGACAAAAAUAUCUAAAAACACUGAAGCAGCAAACUUUGUGAAGACCAAUACGAAUUCUCAAAACUUUUGACCACGACUGUACAUGUUAGCUUGUCAAAUGUGGGAUUUGAAAUACUGUACAUAAAGUGCAUUCGGAAAGUAUUCAAACCCCUUGACUUUUUCCACAUUUUGUUACGUUACAGCCUUAUUCUAAAAUGGAUUAAAUAAAUACAAAUCCUCAUCAAUCUACACACAAUACCCCAUGAUGACAAAGCGAAAAAAAAGUUUUUAGUAAAAAAAAAAAGUUUUAGUUUUUAGAAAACAGUACCAAAACAUUUCUGCAGCAUUGAAGGUCCCUAAGAACACAGUGGCCUCCAUCAUUCUUAAAUGGAAGAAGUUUGGAACCACCAAGACUCUUCCUAGAGCUGGCCACCCGGCCAAACUGAGCAAUCGGGGGAUAAGGGCCUUUGUCAGGGAGGUGACCAAGAACCUGAUGGUCACUCUGAUAGAGCUCCAGAGUUCCUCUGUGGAGAUGGGAGAACCUUCCAGAAGGACAACCAUCUCUGCAAGCGCUCCACCAAUUAAGCCUUUAUGGUAGAGUGGCCAGCCGGAAGCCACUCCUCAGUAAAAGGCACAUGACAGCCCGCUUAGAGUUUGCCAAAAGGCACCUAAAGGACUCUCAGACCAUGAGAAACAAGAUUCUCUGGUCUGAUGAAACCAAGAUUGAACUCUUUGGCUUGAAUGCCAAGCGUCACUUCUGGAGGAAACCUGGCACCAUCCCUACGGUUAAGCAUGGUGGUGGCAGCAUCAUGCUGUGGGGAUGUUUUUCAGCGGCAGCGGCAGGGACUGGGAGACUAGUCAUGAUCGAGGGAACGAUGAACGGAGCAAAGUACAGAGAGAUCCUUGAUGAUAACCUGCUCCAGAGCACUCAUGACCUCCGAUUGGGGCAAAGGUUCACCUUCCAACAGGACAACGACCCUAAGCACACAGCCAAGACAACAAAGGAGUGGCUUUGGGACAAGUCUCUGAAUGUCCUUGAGUGGUCCAGCCAGAGCCCGGACUUGAACCCGAUCGAACAUCUUCGAAGAGACCGGAAAAUAGCUGUGCUGUGACACUCCCCAUCCAACCUGACAGAGCUUAAGACGAUCUGCAGAGAAGAAUGGGAGAAACUCCCCAAAUACAGGUGUGCCAAGCUUGUAGCGUCAUACCUAAGAAGACUUGAGGCUGUAAUCGCUGCCAAAGGUUCUUCAACAAAGUACUGAGUAAAGGGUCUGAAUACUUAUGUAAAUGUGAUAUUUCAGUUUUGUAUUUCUAAUACAUUUGCAAACAUUUCAAAAAAUCUGUUUCCGCUUUGUCAUUAUGGGGUAUUGUGUGUAGAUUGAUGAGGACAUUUUUUUAUGUAAUCCAUUUUAGAAUAAGGCUGUAACGUAACAAAAUGUGGAAAGAGUCAAGGGGUCUGAAUGCUUUCCAAAUUCACUGUAUUACUCUUCCAGUGUUCCAUGCUGUGUUUAAUGUGGAGCUUGUGUGUUGUGGGAAUGUGCUAUUGAAUUCAUUGCAGAUAAUAGGACAGGGAUGGGAUAAGAAACUUGAAUGUCAUUUUUACAUCAUUUAGCAGACGCUCGUAUCCAGAGCAACUUACAGGAGCAACUUACAGGAGCAAUUAGUGUUAAGUGCCUUGCUCAGGGGCACAUAGACAGAUUCUUCACGUAGUCGGCUAGGGGAAUCUAACCAGCAUCCUUUCGGUUACUGGCCAAAGGCUCUUAACCGCUAGGCUUGCUCCCAGAGAGGAAAAUUGUCUUACACAUGCCGUGACGUGAUUUAUCGAAUCAACUAACUAUUUAUGUUUAAUUGUUACUCAAUUAAAUUAAUAAUGUAACAAUUAACUCAUUAGGAUUUGGGGCACCACAGAAUAAGUUGUUUAUAGAGUUACUAUCUCCCGAAUUAAACUCUGAAGGUAUUUACCUAUCAAUAUGUAUAAAACAGUCAACGUAUUAAUCAUUAUCUCUUAUCAGUCUCAUUCUGAACGGUCGUAGACUUCUUGGAUCUGCACGAACACCAGCUUUACUUAUGAUUCAGUACUACCCAAAUUGGUUUAAUUAUUUAUUUACUAGCUAACUAAAUAAUAACACAGAAUAACAUACACACUUAAUACAUGAGAAAAAGUCCCUAGCGGACAAACAACGACAUGACUGCUUGGUUAUCAAAAGAGGGAGGGGUAGAAAAGAGAGAGGGAGGGGGAGAGAGAGAGAGAGAGAAAGAGAGAGUCAAACUUAUCGUUGAUACAUUUGGAAACUACCCUCAAAGUAAUCAUAAUACUUUGCUCACGAACCACCACCCGUUUGGGGUAAGAAAUCAUGAAUGUAUUAACAUGUUUGAAUGCCUUCUUCGUUCGCCGUUUAUCUCUGUCGGACCAAGCCUUCUGAAAAAGGAUUUGGCUGGUUCUCCGGUGGGUCACUUGUAAGGCUCUGAUUAGCCACCAGAGGUCACAAUGUCCUUAUUCUUAGUUGUCCUGAUCUUGUAGUGGAGUGUUUUCAGAGCAGAUACUCAGAUGCACCAAUGAUUGUCUGAGAUGGGAUUUUCUCCUUCCCACCUCCUGUCUUUAGUCAGAGUUUGAAGCACUUUACACGCACAGCUGCAGCCUGGCAAUGUUCAGGUCUAGUCUGGUGAGUUUAUCUUCUUCACCUCGGGUUGAGGUUCAAAGUUCUAACCAUUUCAAACGUGUAGCCACAGCGCCACGCUUUCUGGUCUGAUGUGAAUUCCAUUACCAAGGCUUUUUCAUGCACUCUGGGUAAAAAGGGGCAUUCCAUCAUGCUGACACGAUUUCUGAUCUCAUUCGGGGCGUGGCUAGUCAUUGUGUAUAGUUUAUAUGAAAAACAAUUAUCUCAUUAGAAAACUAAAACAUUCCUAUCUUAACAAAAAUGCUCUCAUCCUUAAUCAUAUAUUGUAUACAACAUUUGGAUGUAAACUUGACAGAUAGAAUGUGUACACUUUCCGAGUUACAGUAUUUUCUUUAUACCAUCCUUAAUGACAUCACAAAAUAAUAAAUAAUGUGACAUGAUUAUUCUUUAGAUCCCCACUGACCAUUACAAACAUUCGGAUGUUAGAAAUAUUGUUCCAGUGUUUACUUUUUGGACGUUAUAGUUUUGGUGGAAAAAGUAUUCUGUAGACAAAGGGCAUUCCUUUAGUAAUACUGUGUUAUGGUGUCAAAAACGAUACUUGGAGUCAUAGAUUCAAAAUAAUAUUGCGAUACUACUGUAUCGAUCCCCCCCCCAUCACUAAGCUAAACCCUCUCUGCUCUCUCAGGUGGAGCGGCUUCCUGCUCUGUUCCAUCGCCAUGCUACUGGUCAUAUUCCCCAUGUUCACCUUCCCCAAGAAGCUGCCUCCCAGAAACAAGAAGAAGAAGAAGAAGAGGAAAAAGAUCAGCCUGGACAACGUGUCCAGCGAUGAUGACAUCACCAAGGAGAAGACCGACAGCAAGAGCCAGAAGGUUACAUCAUCCAUGGGCUUUGGGAAAGACAUCAAAGGUAUGCUAUACAGAGAGAGAGGAUGUGUCCCAAAUGGCACCCUGUUCUAUGUAGCUAUUAGGGUGCAAUUUGGGGCACUAAUGAGGCUGUUAGAAGCAGGGUUAUCUCACUGACUCUUGCCUCUCAUAUACUAUCACUAUGCAGGUUUCCAUUGACCAGGUUUAUUCGACAACAACAAUGUCGCAAAAAAAAUAAGUUUGGGCAGAUCUAGGAGACGUUUUCUGAAGAUCAACAAUAUUUGUAUCUUUUUUGACGGGUGGAUUUUUCUUUUGUCAAACAUUAUUAAUUUUAAGAUCACUUUAUUGUUCAUAAAACAAGGUCCAACCGAAAUUUUACUUCCGCUUUUAACCCAACCUCUCCGAAAGACACACAUACAGGUUUUGGAGAGUUGCGGGGGGUUGCUACACUGGGCGCUCUGGGAGCUGUUGUUGUGGGGGGUUAAGUGCCUUGCUCAAAGGCACAACGGCAGGCAAUGGUAUUUAUGAUUUGAUACCAGCAACCCUCCGGUUGCCAACUCACUUCACAACAGAUUUUUCCUGUCGGAUCCUGGAUUCGAACUGGCAACCCUCUGGCUGCUGGUUCGCCAGUCUAGCUACCACCCUUUAUUGUAACAAAUGAUGGAAACUGUGUUUUUCGAAUAAAAUAUGAUUGCCAAAUAAUUGUCAAGGUACGAGGCGCACAUGAAGUCAUCACGUUACUAUAAAGCUACUCUCCACAUUUAAUUCUAAAUGCCUACUGCUUGCAAAAUACCUUUUUUUCAACUAUAAAAAUAUUGGUUCUUUGCAGGGCAAGGAUUGGCUAAUAGAAACACUAACCACUUCAUUUUUAUUUGACAUUCUAGGUUUUCGAGGAAAAGUGUUUUUGUUAUGUGUGACGUCCUUACGUCCAGCUAUUUUUAUCUACACAAGACAGUUCAUUGGAAACUCACUGUAGCAGGCAAUUGUCGCAUCUAUUUUCUAUUUUCUGAACUGCUUUUGCACUAAAACAAAUUAAUUACAAUGUAAUAACAGCCCAUUGCCUCAUUUUAUGUUCUAAUAAAGUUUACUAAGGUGAAAUAUACAGUCGUGGUCAAAAGUUUUGAGAAUGACACACAUACACAUUUUCACAAAGUCUGCUGCCUCAGUUUUGAUGAUGGCAAUUUGCAUAUACUCCAGAAUGUCAUGUGAAUUUGCCAUGAAAAUGAACUUAAUCCCCAAAAAAAACAUUUCCACUGCAUUUCAGCCCUGCCACAAAAGGACCAGCUGCCAUCAUGUCAGUGAUUCUCUCGUUAACAAUCAAUUUCAAUCAAUCAAUUUUAUUUUAUAUAGCCCUUCUUACAUCAGCUAAUAUCUCGAAGUGCUGUACAGAAACCCAGCCUAAAACCCCAAACAGCUAGUAAUGCAGGUGUAGAAGCACGGUGGCUAGGAAAAACUCCCUAGAAAGGCGAAAACCCAGGAAGAAACCUAGAGAGGAACCAGGCUAUGAGGGGUGGCCAGUCCUCUUCUGGCUGUGCCGGGUGAAGAUUAUAACAGAACCAUGCCAAGAUGUUCAAAAAUGUUCAUAAGUGACAAGCAUGGUCAAAUAAUAAUCAGGAAUAAAUCUCAGUUGGCUUUUCAUAGCCGAUCAUUAAGAGUUGAAAACAGCAGGUCUGGGACAGGUAGGGGUUCCAUAACCGCAGGCAGAACAGUUGAAACUGGAAUAGCAGCAAGGCCAGGCGGACUGGGGACAGCAAGGAGUCACCACGGCCGGUAGUCCCGACGUAUGGUCCUAGGGCUCAGGUCUCUCAGUUGGCUUUUCAUAGCCGAUCAUUAAGAGUUGAAAACAGCAGGUCUGGGACAGGUAGGGGUUUCGUAACCGCAGGCAGAACAGUUGAAACUGGAAUAGCAGCAAGGCCAGGCGGACUGGGGACAGCAAGGUGUCAUCAUGCCCGGUAGUCCUGACGUAUGGUCCUAGGGCUCAGGUUCUCAGAGAGAAAGAGAGAACGAGAGAAUUAGAGAGAGCAUACUUAAAUUCACACAGGACACUGGAUAAGACAGGAGAAGUACUCCAGGUAUAACCAACUAACCCCAGCCCCCCGACACAUAAACUACUGCAGCAUAAAUACUGGAGGCUGAGACAGGAGCGGUCCGGAGACACUGUGGCCCCAUCCGAAGAAACCCCCGGACAGGGCCAAACAGGAAGGAUAUAACCCCACCCACUCUGCCAAAGCACAGCCCCCGCACCACUAGAGGGAUAUCCUCAACCACCAACUUACAAUCCUGAGACAAGGCCGAGUAUAGCCCACAGAGGUCUCCACCACAGCACAAACCAAGGGGGGGCGCCAACCCAGGUGAGAUUGUUGACGAGGACAAGGCUGGAGAUCACUCUGUCAUGCUGAUUGAGUUAGAAUAACAGACUGGAAGCUUUAAAAGGAGGGUGGUGCUUGAAAUCAUUGUUCUUCCUCUGUUAACCAUGGUUACCUGCAAGGAAACAUGUGCCGUCAUCAUUGCUUUGCACAAAAAGGGCUUCACAGGCAAGGAUAUUGCUGCUAGUAAAAUUGCACCUAAAUCAACCAUUUAUCAGAUCAUCAAGAACUUCAAAGAGAGAGGUUCAAUUGUUGUGAAGAAGGCGUCAGGGCGCCCAAGAAAGUCAGGCAAGCGCCAGGACUGUCUCCUAAAGUUGAUUCAGCUGCGGGAUCGGGGCACCACCAGUGCAGAGCUUGCUCAGGAAUGGCAGCAGGCAGGUGUGAGUGCAUCUGCACGUACAGUGAGGCGAAGACUUUUGGAGGAUGGCCUGGUGUCAAGAAGGGCAGCAAAGAUGCCACUUCUCUCCAGGAAAAACAUCAGGGACAGACUGAUAUUCUGCAAAAGGUACAGGGAUUGGACUGCUGAGUAUACCAUAGUAACAUCUGACAAAAAUAUCUCAUAACACUGAAGCAGCGAACUUUGUGAAGACCAAUACUUGUGUCAUUCUCAAAACUUUUGACCACGACUAUACGGUACUACUGUAAUGAGGUUUCAUACUAAUUAUGGGCAGAGAAAAUAUUGUUCCUAUUAAGGUAAUGGAUAAUCUGAAUAGGAAUGUGAAGUGAAUUACUGUACAUUGUACAUAAUCCUUUAUGUCCUCCUGGUGAGCAGAUGUACCCUUGCAUAGCGCCAUAAUAUACAGUUGAAGUCGGAAGUUUACAUACACUUAGGAUGGAGUCAUUAAAACUUGUUUUUCAACCACACAUUUCUUGUUAACAAACCUAUAGUUUUGGCAAGUCGGUUAGGACAUUUUGCAUGACGCAAGUAAUUUUUCCAACAAUUGUUUACAGAUAGAUUAUUUAACUUAUAAUUCACUGUAUCACAAUUCCAGUGGGUCAGGAGUUUACAUACACUACGUUGACUGUGCCUUUAAACAGCUUUGAAAAUUUCAGAAAAUUAUGUCAUGGCUUUAGAAGCUUCUGAUAGGCUAAUUGACAUAAUUUGAGUCAAUUGGAGGUGUACCUGUGGAUGUACAGUGGGGAAAAAAAGUAUUUAGUCAGCCACCAAUUGUGCAAGUUCUCCCACUUAAAAAGAUGAGAGAGGCCUGUAAUUUUCAUCAUAGGUACACGUCAACUAUGACAGACAAAUUGAGAGAAAAAAAUCCAGAAAAUCACAUUGUAGGAUUUUUAAUGAAUUUAUUUGCAAAUUAUGGUGGAAAAUAAGUAUUUGGUCACCUACAAACAAGCAAGAUUUCUGGCUCUCACAGACCUGUAACUUCUUCUUUAAGAGGCUCCUCUGUCCUCCACUCGUUACCUGUAUUAAUGGCACCUGUUUGAACUUGUUAUCAGUAUAAAAGACACCUGUCCACAACCUCAAACAGUCACACUCCAAACUCCACUAUGGCCAAGACCAAAGAGCUGUCAAAGGACACCAGAAACAAAAUUGUAGACCUGCACCAGGCUGGGAAGACUGAAUCUGCAAUAGGUAAGCAGCUUGGUUUGAAGAAAUCAACUGUGGGAGCAAUUAUUAGGAAAUGGAAGACAUACAAGACCACUGAUAAUCUCCCUCGAUCUGGGGCUCCACGCAAGAUCUCACCCCGUGGGGUCAAAAUGAUCACAAGAACGGUGAGCAAAAAUCCCAGAACCACACGGGGGGACCUAGUGAAUGACCUGCAGAGAGCUGGGACCAAAGUAACAAAGCCUACCAUCAGUAACACACUACGCCGCCAGGGACUCAAAUCCUGCAGUGCAAGACGUGUCCCCCUGCUUAAGCCAGUACAUGUCCAGGCCUGUCUGAAGUUUGCUAGAGUGCAUUUGGAUGAUCCAGAAGAGGAUUGGGAGAAUGUCAUAUGGUCAGAUGAAACCAAAAUAUAACUUUUUGGUAAAAACUCAACUCGUCGUGUUUGGAGGACAAAGAAUGCUGAGUUGCAUCCAAAGAACACCAUACCUACUGUGAAGCAUGGGGGUGGAAACAUCAUGCUUUGGGGCUGUUUUUCUGCAAAGGGACCAGGACGACUGAUCCGUGUAAAGGAAAGAAUGAAUGGGGCCAUGUAUCGUGAGAUUUUGAGUGAAAACCUCCUUCCAUCAGCAAGGGCAUUGAAGAUGAAACGUGGCUGGGUCUUUCAGCAUGACAAUGAUCCCAAACACACCGCCCGGGCAACGAAGGAGUGGCUUCGUAAGAAGCAUUUCAAGGUCCUGGAGUGGCCUAGCCAGUCUCCAGAUCUCAACCCCAUAGAAAAUCUUUGGAGGGAGUUGAAAGUCCGUGUUGCCCAGCGACAGCCCCAAAACAUCACUGCUCUAGAGGAGGUCUGCAUGGAGGAAUGGGACAAAAUACCAGCAACAGUGUGUGAAAACCUUCUGAAGACUUACAGAAAACAUUUGACCUGUGUCAUUGCCAACAAAGGGUAUAUAACAAAGUAUUGAGAAACUUUUGUUAUUGACCAAAUACUUAUUUUCCACCAUAAUCUGCAAAUAAAUUCAUAAAAAAUCCUACAAUGUGAUUUUCUGGAUUUUUUUUUCUCAUUUUGUCUGUCAUAGUUGACGUGUACCUAUGAUGAAAAUUACAGGCCUCUCUCAUCUUUUUAAGUGGGAGAACUUGCACAAUUGGUGGCUGACUAAAUACUUUUUUCCCCCACUUUAUUUCAAGGCCUACCUUCAAACUCAGUGCCUCUUUGCUUGACAUCAUGGGAAAAUCAAAAGAAAUCAGCCAAGACCUCAUAAAAAAAAUGGUAGACCUCCAUAAGUAUGGUUCAUCCUUGGGAGCAAUUUCCAAACGCCUGAAGGUACCACAUUCAUCUGUACAAACAAUAAUACGCAAGUAUAAACAUCAUGGGACCACGCAGCUGUCAUACCGCUCAGGAAGAAGACGCGUUCUGUCUCCUAGAGAUGAACGUACUUUGGUGCGAAAAGUGCAAAUCAAUCCCAGAACAACAGCAAAGGACCUUGUGAAGAUGCUGGAGGAAACAGGUACAAAAGUAUCUAUAUCCAAAGUAAAACGAGUCCUAUAUCGACAAAACCUGAAAGGCUGCUCAGCAAGGAAGAAGCCAAUGCUCCAAAACCGCCAUAAAAAAGACAGACUACGGUUUGCAACUGCACAUGGGGAUAAAGAUCGUGAAGCACGGGGGUGGCAAUAUCAUGCUGUGGGGGUGCUUUGCUGCAGGAGGGACUGGUGCACUUCACAAAAUAGAUGGCAUCAUGAGGAAGGAAAAUUAUGCAGAUAUAUUGAGGCAACAUCUCAAGACAUCAGUCAGGAAGUUAAAGCUUGGUCGCAAAUGGGUCUUCCAAAUGGACAAUGUCCCCAAGCAUACUUCCAAAGUUGUGGCAAAAUGGCUUAAGGACAACAAAGUCAAGGUAUUGGAGUGGCCAUCACAAAGCCCUGACCUCAAUCCUAUAGAAAAUGUGUGGGCAGAACUGAAAAAGCGUUUGCGAGCAAGGAGGCCUACAAACCUGACUCAGUUACACCAGCUCUGUCAGGAGGAAUGGGCCAAAAUUCACCCAACUUAUUGUGGGAAGCUUGUGGAAGGCUACCUGAAAUGUUUCACCUAAGUUAAAUAAUUUAAAGGCAAUGCUACCAAAUACUAAUUGAGUGUAUGUAAACUUCUGACCCACUGGGAAUGUGAUGAAAUAAAUAAAAGCUGAAAUAAAUCAUUCUAAAAAUAAAAAAUAAAAAUAAAAUAUGCCAUUUAGCAGACGCUUUUAUCCAAAGCGACUUACAGUCAUGCGUGCAUACAUGUUUGUGUAUGGGUGGUCCCGGGGAUCGAACCCACUACCUUGGCGUUACAAGCGCCGUGCUCUACCAGCUGAGCUUCAGAGGACCACUCAGAGGACCAUUCUCUCUACUAUUAUUCUGACAUUUCACAUUCUUAAAAUAAAGUGGUGAUCCUAACUGACCUAAAACAGAGAAUUUGUAUUAGGAUUAAAUGUCAGGAAUUGUGAAAAACUGAGUUUAAAUGUAUUUGGCUAAGGUGUAUGUAAACUUCCGACUUCAACUGUAAAUGGUCUGUCAGCCUUCCCUGUGUCUCUGUCUGUCUGUGAUGCUCAUUUUGCUAACGUGCUGUGUUGUCUCCCUACAUCUGUAUUUCUCUCUCCCUCUCUCUCUCCUUCCUUCUCUUUCUUUCUCUCACCCUCUCUGUCUCUCCCUCCCUCCCUGUCCCUGUGUAGAGCUGCCUAAGGCUGCAGUGAGGAUCCUGAGUAAUGUCACCUUCCUGUUUGUGAGCCUGUCCUACACUGCAGAGAGCGCCAUCGUCACCGCCUUCAUCACCUUCAUACCCAAGUUCAUUGAGUCGCAGUUCGGCAUCCCAGCGUCCAGCGCUAGUAUCUACACAGGUAAAUACACUCCUAGUAUCUACACAUGUAAACACACUCCUAGUAUCUACACAUGUAAACACACUCCUAGUAUCUACACAUGUAAACACACAUCGAGUUAACUUUUAACUUUUUGUAAUUUUAGUGCACUUUGUAUUGUAGUGUAUUUUGAACGUACAUUGAAAGCAUUAAAAAUACACUGAAAACAUCCUAAAUAAAUCUAUACAGCUAAAAACAACAAUAUGAUGUUAAAACAAGUUGACAUUCAGGUUAAAGAAAGUGCUUUAUCAAUUUACCAGAUUUUUCUAACCAUUACUUUGGACAAAAUCAAGACAUCAAUAUUCUCAAUGCUUUUUAUAUAAAAAAUCUUAAAUUACAGCUCAAUUUGAGCAAAUUCUGAAUUUGUGAUUAAUCACAGCAACACAAUAGAUAUAUUUUUGUAAAAUGUUGUUUUUGGCUGUGGCUGCGAAUACAGAGUUUUCUGCCUGUCUGUGUAAAUCAGCUGCUAAGAAGAACAUUAAAUCUCUAGACUGCCUGUUUUUGUCGUGCUAAUCUCGGUUACCCAGAAGUAAAAUUCUCACGCGAAAGUUUGUCAUUUUCUGUUUUACUUCGGGGGGGAAUCCCAUUAACAAUUGUUAUUACCUUUGUGCAAAGGAAGGAAGAGAAUUCUCUUCCCUCGCAAACGGAAACUUCUAGCCAAGUUCCUCUCUUCCGCUAAUUUCACCCAUGUUUAUCAUGGCCAAAAAGGACAUUUUCGUUUUCAUGUAUUUCUACGAUAUAGCCAAUUUUGACUUUGUGGAUGUGGAAUUCGUUUAUUCUCCACACAUGGGCUUGAAAAUCACCGCACCAGUGUAAACACCGCCUUCGCCCAACCUUAAUUCAUCCAAAUAAUCAAUGACGAAAACCCCAAACCAGGAACUACUGCUGCUCGUGUUCACAUAAUUCUACGUGCCUAGUUCUCGCCGUUUCAUCUGUCCACAAGAAUCUGUCCACAAGAGAUUAGUGUCGUGUUUAUGUUCGCAAUACUAUUACAACCUACAACAAAGUUUCUACAAACAUGUCGAUCAUGUAAAUAGCUGCAUGUAGCCUAACUCCCCUUACUAAAAAAGAACAUGAAAUCGCGUUUAUGCUUAAUAGCCUACUGAGGCAUGGAAUGCAGUAGUUUGAACAUGUCGACCAAGAAAAAUACGUUUAGAACUGAUGAUUGAUCGCGUGGUGCAAGAUUGAAUGCAUUAAUUGAUUAUUGAAUGUUAUCGAUGAACACUGCUUUGUAGAGCCAAAACAAACACACUCAAACUCGAGAACGAAUCGAGCCGAGAGCAUUCCGCCAAGAGUCGUUCACAAUCUAGACCUUGUUUCAAAGCUAUCAAUAAAUAAUCAUAUUUGUAUGCCUAGCAAUCACAAAUGUACAUUGUUUGAAGUACACUUUUAUAAGUCCUCAGUCACAAAUGCCAGCUACAAUAAGGCCCUUAUGGUGAACGAGAGACUUGUGAACUUAGCCACAGUUUUUUUUUUAAUCGUUUGACAGCCCUAGUAAACACACAUCUAUACUGAAAAAUAUAUAUAAGCGCAAUCAAUUUCAUUGAUUUUACUGAGUUACAGUUCAUAUGAGGAAAUCAGUCAAUUGAAAUAAAUUCAUUAGGCCCUAAUCUAUGGAUUUCACAUGACUGGGAAUACAGAUAUGAAUCUGUUGGUCACAUAUACCUUUAAAAAAAUGGGCCUCACAAUGGGCCUCAGGAUCUCUUCACUGUAUUUUUGUGCAUUCAAAUUGCCAUCGAUAAAAUGCAAUUGUGUUCGUUGUCCAUAGUUUAUGCCUGCCAAUACCAUAACCCCACCGCCACCAUGGGGCACUCUGUUCACAACGUUGGCAUCAGCAAACCGCUCGCCCACAUGACGCAAUACACGUGGUCUGCGUUUGUGAGGCCGGUUGGACGUACUGCCAAAUUCUCUAAAAUAACGUUGGAGGCAGCUUAUGGUAGACAAAUGAACAUAAAAUUAUCUGGCAACAACUCUGGUGGACAUUCCUGCUCCCUCAAAACUUGAGACAUUUACAUUUUUAAAUUUUAGUCAUUUAUCAGACGCUCUUAUCCAGAGCGACUUACAGUUAGUGAGUGCAUACAUUUUCAUACUGGGCAUUGUGUUGUGUGACAAAACUGCACAUUUUAGAGUGGCCUUUUCUUGUCCCCAGCACAAGGUGCACCUGUGUAGUGAUCAUGCUGAUUAAUCAGAUUCUUUAUAUGCCACACCUGUCAGGUGGAUGGACUAUCUUGGCAAAUGAGAAAUGCUCACUAACAGGGAUAUAAACAAAUUUGUGCACAACAUUUGAGAGAAAUAAGCUUUUUGUGCGUAUGGAACAUUUCUGGGAUCUUUUAUUUCCGCUUAUGAAACAUGGGACCAACACUUUACAUGUUGUGUUUAUAUUUUUGUUCAGUGUAGUGUGUAUAUACACAGGUAAAUACACACCUAACACCCCUCUGAAGCGCAUAGUUUGGAACACAGGUCUGUUGUCUCCAGCUUCACCACAGAGGUCAGUUAGAGCCCUUGCCCUCAAAUGCUCUUUAGUCAGGGAUACUUCCAUGACAGCCUGAAGGGGUCUGUAUCUUUAAGAUUACUCCACGUCAGUGGGGCCACCGUGAGUUUAACAUUCACUACUCACUACUUGACCAUGUCCCAGGUGCCCCCGUUAUUUUAAGGAAGAGUGUUUGUAUCAUUCAUGGCUGCUGGCUGGGCCUUCACUCCAUCACUGAAUAUUAGUUGUACAGCUAGCCAUCUUAGCUUCCUCACCACUCCCCUAAAAAGGAGCUUCUACUCUGCUCUUUCUGUUAGGAUGGUGUGUUUGAAAGUGAACAGAAGGCCAAAAUUAAAUUAUGUUGUAGAAUAACAUGCGUCUAGAUGUGAAACAGAUUGCUGUGAUCUAAUCGUUCUAGAGACCGCACCAUUGACUCUCUCUCUCUCUCUCUCUCUCUGUCUCUCUGUCUCUCUCUCUCUGUCUCCUGCUGUCCCAGGUGUGAUCAUCGUGCCCAGUGCUGGGGUGGGUAUAGUCCUGGGGGGCUACAUCAUUAAGAAGCUGAAGCUGGGAGCCAGAGAGUCAGCCAAGCUGGCCAUGAUCUGUAGUGGGGUGUCUCUGCUCUGCUUCUCUACUCUGUUCAUAGUGGGCUGUGAGAGCAUCAACCUGGGAGGCAUCAACAUACCAUACACCACCGGGUAAGAACCACACCUUCCUUCCUUCACUCAGUACCCCUCUCUUCGUUUUUAUUCUAAUUAUUAUUUACCCUUUUUCUCCCCAAUUUUGUGGUAUCCAAUUAGUAGUUACAGUCUUGUCUCAUCGCUACAACUCCCGUAUGGACUCGGGAGAGGCAAAGGUCGAGAGCCAUGCGUCCUCUGAAACACGACCCUGCCAAGCCGCACUGCUUCUUGACACACUGCUCGCUUAACCCGGAAGCCAGCCGCACCAAUGUGUCGGAGGAAACACUGUACAACUGGCGACCGAAGUCAGCGUGCAAGCGCGAUGGGAAAUUGACAUCCCGGCCGGCAAAACCUAACCCGGACGACGCUGAGCCAAUUGUCUAUUGUCAUGGGUCUACCGGUCGCGGCCGGCUGCGACACAGCCUGGGAUCGAACCCGGGUCUGUAGUGACGCCUCAAGCACUGCUAUGCAGUGCCUUAGACCACUGCGCCACUCGGGAGGCCUAGUACCCCUCUCUUUCAAUCUGAACUUUUUUUCCUCAUGCAAUCCCCUGUCGAUCUUGUCCUCUUUCUCUCAGCUCCCCCAAAAUUCAAUGAAUUCUUUCUCUGCAAACAUUCCAGCCUCCAAAAACCCCAUAUCAAAGAAUUAAACAAUGUGAGGAAUUUUUGUUUGUACACUCAGCAGUAUGUGUGUGUGUUUUUCCCAGUGAUGAUGAGAAGAGGAGGUGACCAUUGUUAGCAGUUGAUGUUAAUCUUCAAUAACACAGACCCCAAAGCAAAUCAGGGGGAGAAAAAUAUAUUUAUUCAAAGAGAACAAAUCAUAGUUGUUAUUCUGGAUGGUAGAUGUUCAUUCUUCCCUGUCCUCAAUGUUUCUCCACUGAACAAAGAGACAGGAUGUGGUUUAUAGCCUCAAGCCUAGCAUGUGGCUGACCAAUUAGAAUUCCUUGCAAUAAAAUUGGGCCAAUGGCCCAACCCCCAAGUAUCCUGUUUCAGGCUCAAUGUAUAGACAAUUUCGACCAAUGAGAACUUGCCACAUGUAGCUAUGAGUCCCUGGUUGGAACCCCUACACAGAUUCUAAACAGAUGUUGAACUGAAAAACAACUAUUUCCAUUGAUCGUUAAUUCCCUCUUGACCUCUAGUCCUCUGCGUUGUAUAUUUAUCUUCGAAUAUGGUCAUUUCUGUUAAUGCAUUCAAUAUAUUAUUAUUCCAGUCUUACCGUUCUCAUUGUCGGAGUGGACACAUUGUUUGCAGAGCGCACAACCUAUGCUACACUUGCGAGAAACAAGUUUGGGUUUAUUUCAUUCCAUUUACAAGUUUUGUCAAUUCAAUUUAGUCAUUGUCUUUUGUUUGGAGGGCUCCUGUCAAUGUCGAGUAAGGACUCGCACCUGAUUACGCAUAGAAGUACAUAGGCCUAUAGGCUACCUGGCCUGCGCGCAAAUGUAGGCAUAUAAAUGUGCCCAUUUGGGCAUCUGAUUGGCUUAACGCACCACCGCUAAUGACCUGUGGAGCUUCUCAAAGUAAUGUUUUCUUCACCUCAAACAGCAAGCAAACAGUCUGUUUUUACAUCCAUUGACAAUGACAAUAGUUCCUCAAUGUAGGCUAUUUGAAAAAUCUUUCCAGCUCUCUCCCUUUCGAUAACCACUCAGCGUGAAAGGGAAAAUGUCAUGCUCUGAAUCAGUGGAAAUGUCAUAAAAUAGGCCUACCUGAUUACUUCUUAUCAGUGCUCGACUUGGACUGAAAUAGGUUCCGGUACUCAUUUUGGGUACUGGCACUGUUUAUAUUUAGGUACAGGAGCUCCACAAUACUUUUGAGCUAAUAUUCUAUAAGAGGAACAGGAGCUCAAGCAGUAGAACAUUUGAGUUGCCGGGACUUAGCUCCAGUGAAUUCCUGCCCAAGUCAAGCACUGCUUCUUAUCUCUUGGUGCAAAUAGACUACAGUUGUGUCUGUCCUGAGCUCACUGGCGCUGGAAACUCUGAGGGCCCAGAAUAUUUUAUACCAUGUUGCAAGUUCGCUAGCUCAAACUUUGGGCUGGACCCAGUUAAUAGUUGAUACAAUGUUGCAAGUUCGUUGCAGACAGGCCAUGCGUGGCCAAUGUGAUUUAUAGGAUAUUCUUUUUUUAUCAGGAUAUUUUCUACCUGCAGGUUGCAAUGUUUUUAUUUGUUUGCUUUAUGUAGGAUAUUUUUUACAUAGUUGGCAAUGGCAAUAGAAGUUACUUUUUAGGUUUGUUUCAUUUUCAUUUAGAUUUGGAUAGAAUUUUGAUUAACCACAUGACAAUGAUGGGAUUUGAGAUAUGAAAACUUUAUUAUAAAUUAAAUCAAUCAAAUUAAAUCAAUCAGAUUUUAUUUAUAAAGCCCUUUUUACAUCAGCAGAUGUCACAAAGUGCUAUACAGAAACCCAGCCUAAAACCCCAAACGGCAAGCAAUGCAGAUGUAGAAGCACGGUGGCUAGGAAAAACUCCCUAGAAAGGCAGAAACCUAGGAAGAAACCUAGAGAGGAACCAGGCUCUCAGGGGUGGCCAGUCCCCUUCUGGCUGUGCCGAGUGGAGAUUAUAACAGUACAUGGCCAUUGGACAUGGACAUUUUUCUCCAAGAUGUUCAAACGUUCAUAGAUGACCAGCAGGGUCAAAUAAUAAUCACAGUGGUUGUAGAGGUUGCAACAGGUCAGUACAUCAGGAGUAAAUGUCACUUGGCUUUUCAAAGCCGGGCAUUUAGAGGUUGAAAUAGCAGGUGCGGUAGAGAGAGAGAGUUGAAAACUACAGGUCUGGGACAAGGUAGCGCGUCCGGUGAACAGGUCAGGGUUCCAUAGCCGCAGGCAGAAGAGUGGAAACUGGAGCAGCAGCAUGACCAGGUGGACUGGGGACAGCAAGGAGUCAUCAGGCCAAGUAGUCCUGUGGCAUGGUCCUAGGGCUCAGGUCCUCCAGGAUGGGAGAGAGAGAUGGAGAGUGAGAGAAUUAGAGGGAGCAUACUUAAAUUCACACCUCUAAAUGCCCGGCCAUGAACUGAUAUCUUUCCGACAGAUAAGAUCUAAACUAGGCAAGAACUUGUCUGUGUAGACCAAUUAAGGUUUCCAAUCUCUCCAAAAUAAUGUGGUGAUCGAUGGUGUCAAAAGCACCAGGUCUAGGAGCACGAGGACAGAUGCAGAGCCUUGGUCUGACGCCAUUAAAAAGUCAUUUACCACCUUCACGAGUGCAGUCUCAGUGCUAUGAUGGGGUCUAAAACCAGACUGAAGCGUUUUGUAUACAUUAGUUGUCUUCAGGAAGGCAGUGAGUUGCUGCACAACAGCUUUUUCUAAGAUUUUUGAGAGGAAUGGAGAUUCGAUAUAGGCCGAUUUAGUUUUUUACAUUUUCUGAGUCAAGGUUUGGCUUUUUCAAGAGAGGCUUUAUUACUGCCACUUUUAGUGAGUUUGGGACACAUCCAGUGGAUAGGGAGCCAUGUAUUAUGUUCAACAUAGGAGGGCCAAGCACAGAAAGUAGCUCUUUCAGUAGUUUAGUUGGAAUAGGGUCCAGUAUGCAGCUUGACGGUUUAGAGUCCAUGACUAUGUUCAUGAAUGUGUCAAGAGAGAUAGGAUUUAAAAAAACUUGAGUGUCUCCAUUGAUCCUAGGUCCUGGCAGUUUUGUGCCGACUCAGGACAGCUGAGCUUUGGCGAAAUACACAGAUUCCGUAAUUUGCUUUCUAUUGAUCAUGAUCUUUUCGUCAAAGACGUUCAUGAAUUCAUCACUGCUGAAGUGAAAGCAUCCUCUCUUGGGGAAUGCUGCUUUUUAGUUAGCUUUGCGACAGUAUGAAAUAGACAUUUUGGAUUGUUGAUUGUUCUUAUUCUCCUCAAUUAGGUUGGAAAAAUAGGAUGAUCGAGCAGCAGUGAGGGCUCUUCGAUAUUGCUCUGUACUUUCUUUCCAAGCUACAUUUACAUUUACAUCAUUUAGCAGACACUCUUAUCCAGAGCGACUUACAAAUUGGUUAGUAGGAAGACUUCCAGUUUGGUGGAGCCCCAUUUCCGUUCCAAUUUUCUGGAGGCUUGCUUCAGGGCUCGGGUAUUUUCUGUAUACCAGGGAGCUAGUUUCUUGUGACAAAUGUUUUUUGUUUUUAGGGGUGCGACUGCAUCUAGGGUAUUACGCAAGGUUAAAUUUAGAUCCUCAGUUUGGUCGUUAACUGAUUUUUGUACUCCGACGUCCUUGAGUAGGUGGAGGGAGUCUGGAAGGGCCUCUAGGAAUCUUUGGGUUGUCUGAGAAUUUAUAGCACAGCUUUUGAUGGUCCUUGGUUGGGGUCUGAGCAUAUUAUUUGUUGCAAUUGCAAAAGGAAUAAGAUGGUGGUCCGAUAGUCUAAAAACUAGAUCCAGGGUGUGACUGUGGCAAUGAGUAGGUCCGGAGACAUGUUGGACAAAACCCACUGAGUCGAUGAUGCCUCCGAAAGCCUUUUGGAGUGGGUCUGUGGACUUUUCCAUGUGAAUAUUAAAGUCACCAAAAAUGAGAAUAUUAUCUGCCAUGACUACAAGGUCCGAUAGGAAUUCAGGGAACUCAGUGAGGAGCUCUGUAUACGGCCCUGGAGGCCUGUAAACAGUAGCUAUAAAAAGUAGGCUGCAUAGAUUUCAUGACUAGAAGCUCAAAAGACGAAAACGCAGUCAUUUUUUUUGGGGGGGGGGUGAAUUGACAUUUGCUAUCGUAAAUGUUAGCAACACCUCCGUCUUUGCGGGGGAUAUGGUCACUAGUUUAACCAGGAGGAGAGGCCUCAUUUAACACAGUAAAUUAAUCAGGCUUAAGCCAUGUUUCAGUCAGGUCAAUCACAUCAAGAUUAUGAUCAGUGAUUAGUUCAUUGACCAUAACUGCCUUGGAAGUGAGGGCUCUAACAUUAAGUAGCCCUAUUUUGAGAUGUGAGAUAUCACAAUCUCUUUCAAUAAUGACAGGAAUGGAGGAAGUCUUUAUUCCAGUGAGAUUGCUAAGGCAAACACUGCCAUGUUUAGUUUUUCUCAACCUAGAUCGAGGCACAGACACGGUCUCAAUGGGGAUAGCUGAGCUGACUACACUGACUGUGCUAGUGGCAGACUCCACUAAUCUGGCAGGCUGGCUAAAAGCCUGCUGUCUGGCUUGCACCCUAUCUCAUUGUGGAGGUAGAUGAGUUAGAGCCCUGUCUAUGUUUUUUUCUUCUUUUUUUUAUCUUUUUUUGGUAGAUCAGCUUAAUAUUGCAGAUAGAUUGUAACUUCCAUCAAUGUAAUUGUCUGCAUCACUUCCAAUCCCCCAUGUUUUUAUAUAUAUAUAUACAUAUAUACACAUAUAUACACACAUACAUACACAUAUAUACACACAUACACUUACAUAUCCUUUUAAAAAUAUAUAUUCCCCUUUAUUACUUUCCAACCCCACCACCCUUUCCCUAAUUGGAGUAAACUAGUGCCCUGUCUAUGUUGGUAGAUAAGAUGAGAGCACCCCUCCAGCUAGGAUGGAGUCCGUCACUCCUUAGCAGGCCAGGCUUGGUCCUGUUUGUGGGUGAGUCCCAGAAAGAGGGCCAAUUAUCUACAAAUUCUAUAUUUUGGGAGGGGCAGAAAACAGUUUUCAACCAGCGAUUGAGUUGUGAGACUGCUGUAGAGCUCAUCACUCACCCUAACUGGUGAGUGAGGGGGCCAGAGACAAUUACUCUAUGUCUACACAUCUUUCUAGCUGUGCAUAUGAAAACCAUAACUGGCACAGAGAUUGGUAGAAAUGGUAAGAUUAAAUUGGCAUUCCACAUGAAAAGUUGCAGACUCCUUGUGUAGCCUAUUACCGACAACUUCAGGAGAGAAAUGGCAGAAUCUCCAAAAUUGCCUGCAGGAGCAGGAGGAGGAUGGUUGGGUCAGUUUUUUUUCUUCUGGUUAUCUAGAUCUCUGGCUCCCUCUUGAGUCAUAUGUGUCUUAUUUCAUCAAACAGUAAGCUUAAAGCAUCAGACAAGCUCAAUGCAUAUAGUUGAUUUUAUUAAAACACAUAGGUUGUUAUGCAAAAAUACAAAUAAAAGAACAGAUUACUUUCGGUCGACCAAGAUUUUUUUUGUCGGGGACAGUCCUAUGGCAGUCCGACGGAUAAAUCUGGGUUUGGCAGAUGCCAGGAGAACGCUACCUGCCCCAAUGCAUAGUGCCAACUGUAAAGUUUGGUGGAGGAGGAAUAAUGUUUCUGGGGCUGUUUUUCAUGGUUCGGGCUAGGCCUCUUAGUUUCCAGUGAAGGGAAAUCUUAACGCUACAGCAUAGAAUGACAUUCUAGAUGAUUCUGUGCUUCCAACUUUGUGGUAACAGUUUGGGGAAGGCCCUUUCCUGUUUCCGCAUGGCAAUGCCGCCGUGCACAAAGCGAGGUCUAUACAGAAGUGGUUUGUCGAGAUUGGUGUGGAAGAACUUGACUGGCCUGCACAGAGCCCUGACCUCAACCCCAUCAAACACCUUUGGGAUGAAUUGGAACGCAGACUACGAGUCAGGCCUAAUCGGCCAACUUCAGUGCCCGACCUCACUAAUGCUCUUGUGGCUGAAUGGAAGCAAGUCCCCGCAGUAAUGUUCCAACAUCUAGUGGAAAGCCUUCCCAGAAGAGUGGAGGCUGUUAUAGCAGCAAAGGGGGGACCAACUCCAUAUCAAUGCCCAUGAUUUUGGAAUGAGAUGUUUGACGAGCAGGUGUCCACAUACUUUUGUUCAUGUAGUGUAUCUUCCCUAACUGGUGUAAUUGCUCUCAGUUCUGAGCAAAGUAUUUUGGUGCAGCAAAUCUCAGUGUAAAUGUGACCUUUGAAUAGCAGCAUGGUAAGAUAGACUUCUUAACAUUGUUUAAUCAGUCUGAAGAAUUACUUUGUGAUAGAGGAAAAUGUCCUACGUUAUUUAGCUCUCUUCAUCCCCCUCUCUUCCCUUCCCUCUCCAUCUUCCCUGUCUCUCUUCCCCUCCCUCUCCCUCUUCCCAGUCUCUUUCCCUCCCUCUCCAUCUUCCCUGUCUCUCUUCCCCUCCCUCUCCCUCUUCCCAGUCUCUUUCCCUCCCUCUCCAUCUUCCCUGUCUCUCUUCCCCUCCCUCUCCCUCUUCCCAGUCUCUUUCCCUCCCCCUCUCUAAAUAAUCUCUCUCCCUCUCUUUUCUCAGUCCUACUCUGACUAUGACCCAUCGUAACCUGACUGGAGGGUGUAAUGUGAACUGUGGCUGUAAGAUCCAUGAGUACGCGCCAGUAUGUGGCUCAGACGGAAUCACCUACUUCAACCCCUGCCUGGCAGGCUGCAGCAGUGUGGGCAACGACAGCACAGGAGUGAGUCCCUCAGUCACAAAAGUAGGGUUGCAAAAUUAUGGUAACUUUCCCCAAAUUCCCAGGUUUUCCCAGAUUUCCUGCUUCUGUUACUAGAAAUAUUCCAAACAGGAUUUCUGGAAUACCUGGGCAUUUUGGGAAAGUUACCUAAAGCUAGGGCUAGGAGUUCUUCCUGGCCAUAAUGUGAGUGACCUGAUCAGGAAAAACUAUAUUGUUAGUUUGUAGUAAUAGCCAGUGGUGGAGAAAGUACCCAAUUGUCAUACUUGAGUAAAAGUAAUGAUACCUUAAUAGAAAUUGACUCAAGUAAAAGUGAAGUCACCCAGUAAAAUACUACUUGAGUAAAAGUCUAAAAGUAUUUGGUUUUAAAUUUACUUAAAUAUCAAAAGUAAAAGUAUGAAUCAGUUCUAAUUACUUAUAUUAAGCAAAGCAGUAUUUUUUUUUUUUACAUUUACACUCCAACACUCAGACAUCAUUUACAAACAAAGUAAAUGUGUUUAGUGAGUCUGCCAGAUAAGAGGCAGUUGGGAUGAUCAGGGAUGUCCUCUUGAUAAGUGUGUGAAUUGGACCAUUUUCUGUCCUCCUAAGCAUUCUAAGUAUUUUUGGGUGUCAGGGAACAUGUAUGGAGUCAUGUAUGUAGUGAAGUAAAAGUAAAAGUUGUCAAAAAUAUGAAUAGUAAAGUAAAGUACAGAUACCCCAAAAAACGACUUAAGUACUUUACACCACUGGUUAUAGCUUACUGACCAUUGAACAAACAUUCAUUAAUCAUCCAUUUACAUUGUACAGUCUACAUUGGUAGUACUUGAAUAACACACUUCUAGUGGUACACACAGUUUCUCCUUAGAAUUUCACUUCCAUAGUACAAUAAGAUGAGCUGAGAAUGAUGCCUGGUGUUCUGUGUAUCCCUCUCUCUCGCUCUCUCGCUCUCUCUCUCGCUCUCUCUCUCAGAUCAGGAACUACUCUGACUGUGCAUGUGUCCAGAGCAGACAGGUCAUCACCCCCUCCUCUAACGGCCAAGUCAACCAGCUGCAGCUGGUCAUCGUCAAGACCUACCUGAACGAGAACGGCUACGCCGUGUCGGGGAAGUGUGACCGCACCUGCAGCACCCUGAUUCCCUUCCUCAUCUUCCUCUUCAUCGUCACACUCAUCACCGCCUGCGCUCAGCCCUCCGCCAUCAUCGUCACUCUCAGGUAUUGACCCGGAACAGACACUGAACAAAACACACUUAGCGAAGGGAUUGUGAGGUAGUGGUUGUGAGCUCUCUUGUUCUCUUCAUCGGGUUGAAUAAUUACGGUAACUUUCUGUGAUCCCGGUUGGACGAUUUCUAGAAUCAGGAUGGAAUAAGCAGGACAUCCUGGAAUCCUCUGGGAUUUCAAGAAAACCUCGGAAUCCUUGAAAAGUGAUCAUAAUUUUGCACCUCUAUCUUCACCAUUUCCUCCCUUCUUCCUCCUCUCCUCUAGGUCAGUAGAAGAGCAGGAGAGACCCUUUGCACUCGGGAUGCAGUUUGUUCUCCUCAGGACCCUUGGUGAGUGAUGCAGCUUCAGUGAAAUACAGAGAGUUCAAUACUGAGAGGUUGUUUUUUAGGUUAUGUCCCAAAUGGCACCCUAGUCCCUAUAUAGUGCCAUAGGGCUCUGAUUAAAAGUAGUGCACUAUAUAGGGAUAGGGUCCCAUUGGGACACUGAAUGAGAUCUGGUUCGAAAUGUAAUUUGGAAAGACUGGUUCCGACAUCACAUGCAUGCUGUGUUAGAAUAGUCUCUCCUCUCUCCCCAGCCUACAACCCUACACCCAUCUACUUCUGCAUCAUAACGGUGUCUCCUCGCUCCCUCUCUCCCCACAUAUCCUACCUACACCCAUCUACUUCUGCAUCAUAACGGUGUCUCUCUCGCUCUCCUCUCUCCCCAGCCUACCUACCUAACCCAUCUACUUCUGCAUCAUAACGGUGUCUCUCUCGCUCUCCUCUCUCCCCAGCCUACAUACCUACACCCAUCUACUUCGGGGCGGUGAUUGAUACCACCUGUAUGCUGUGGCAGCAGGACUGUGGCGUCCACGGCUCCUGCUGGGAGUACGACGUCACUUCCUUCCGCUUCGUCUACUUCGGCCUGGCCGCCAGCCUCAAGUUCAUUGGCUUCGUCUUCAUCUUCCUCACCUGGUACUCCAUCAAGUACAAGGAAGAACGUCUGGAGCGCUGGCUGAAACACCUCUCGCCCAUGGACACGGUCAGCAACCUCAUCUGCCACGCCGGGGGUCACAAGGGGCACGCCCGUACCCGCUCCUGUCCCGUUAAUAUACCACGCAACGAACCUCCCAUCAUCCCUGUCCUCAACAGGGGCCUCAGCAGCCAGAGCUGCCCGGGGAACAGCCUGAAGAGCCUGAAAGCAAUAACCCCGCCGGCCCCUCGCCCUUCCGCUCGCUCUCUGGAACAGGUGUCUGCCCGCGUCUGAGGGUUAGGUGAGGUUACCAACCAACUCCAACCGCCCUGCCAUCCACAGUCUCUGCAAUGUGUGCCUUUCUUACUCUGGGUUCUCACUUGUAUAGUAUUAUAGUAUACGUUCACACAUACACACUCGCGUUGCGCACACACACACACAGACAGGCACAAGACGUCACUCAGACAGAGAACGGUUGGUCAACAUGUAUACAGGAAGACACUGGGAUGGAUACCUCAGUUAGCUAAUCUCCCCUUCCCUCUACCUAGUAUGUUUGUGUGCUUUUCUCUUUAGUUAGUUUUUACCAUGGGAGUGAAUGCAUAUCAUCUCUUUGGAAAAGUGCACCUUCGAUACUUCUCGAGAACGAUCAUAAUGAUGGUAUUGUUGCUUGGUGCUAGGUGAAAAUGACAUGAAUAAUAUCCUUCAUUGCUCAGUUUUAGUGUUCAUUCUAAGACCUCAGCAGGACGAGGUGACUGAGGUAAGCAGCUUGGCCAGCGAGCAUAAACUAAAUCCUGUACUAUGCAAAAUAUUUUUAUUUUUGCCCUAUUAUACAAUGGCAAGCAGUAUUAAAGGCACACAGUGAACGUUGCCUUCCCUUUCCAUACAAUCUGGAAAUUUCAUUCAGUAUUGCCCCAGACCUACGUGUAAUAAUGAGUGGUUGACUUGGAAAGGAUAUGUCUGGAUCUUUUGGAAUUGGAACCUCUUUUGUGUGGCAACCUCAUAGACAGGCCCACAAAUACAUCCCUUGCCGUAGUUCUAUUUCAGACACACUUGGGCUUCAUCCCAAAUAGUACUCAAUUCCC